ACAUUUUUGUGGCAUUCUUCGCUCGCACCUCAAAAACGAUCGACGUCUUGGUUUCAGUCUCGGGGAUUAUGACUUGAACCAAUUCAAAGUAGAAAAAGAACCAAAUACAUAUAUCUAGAAUUUAAAAAAAAGAAGAAUAUAUAUAGCGAUAUAUAUAUAAAGCAAAGAAAAGAAGUAUACAUAGAGUUUUUAUAUUACAACAAAUAAAACGAAGUUAUAAAUUUUUAGUGAAAACGAUUUCAAGCAUAAAAAGGAUAACCAAAAACACUUUUAAACGAAGCAAAUUGAAGAAAAUUAAAAAGAAUAUAAAUAAGAAAAAGUGUAGCAAAAAUUAAUUAAAAAAAACAAACGGUCAUUUAUUUUGUGCAAAUAAAAUAAUUAAGAAAUUAAAUCAAGCAAACAGAGAAGAAUUUAAGAACGACCGUAACGAAGAAAAGUUUUUUUCAAAAGACGCUACACUGCCGCAGCCGUCAACAACAAGUGCAGUACUCAACAACACGCUGUGUGUUGCGAGAAAGUGAUUUUUGUUUUGGUACACAUUUUAAAUGCGCUAUAGUGUUAUAUAACGAUCUAAAAUGCAACGGCAAAAUCCCUCGAACCAGCAACAGCUGCAACAGCAUCAGCAACAACAGCAAAUCAUGCAGCAGACUCAGCAAACAACAAUGCAGAGUCACCAAGAAAUGCAUCAGCAACAAAGGAUCAGCCGCACUGAACACCACGUUCAGAGGAGUCAAGUUACCACUCACCAAAGAGUGGAACAACAUGGCGGCUCCUAUGUACCACCCGGUAUUACACAUAUCUACUCGCAAGGCGACAUCUCACCACCGGUAUUCGAAGAAAUCUUCAAGAAUGCUCGCUUCGCCCAGGGCGGCAACGCUCUGUUCGAAGGCAAGCUGCGUGGCAAUCCCAAGCCAUUCGUAACCUGGACUCGAAAAGGCGCACCACUUCUCGAGUCUCAAAAGUUCCGCAUGAAUUACAACGAAGCCACCGGCGAGGUAUCGCUGCUCAUCAAUCAGAUCGGACCUGGCGACGAGGGUGAGUACACCUGCACCGCCCGCAACCAGUAUGGCGAAGCCAUUUGCAGCGUCUACAUCCAACCGGAGGGCGCUCCACCAAUACAGCCCAUUCAGAAAUUCGAAAAGAAUCUGUACACCAAUGGCUAUGCCUUUACCUCGGUUGAGGAAGAGUUCCGUGUGGAUACCUUUGAGUAUAGACUUUUGCGUGAGGUAUCCUUCCGGGAGGCCAUUACACGCCGUGCCACCUAUGAACAAGACUAUCAUCUGAGUCAGGAAGUGGAUCGCAGCAUGGGCCCAGCUCAUGCUCCCCAAAUUGCCCAGAAGCCUCGCAACUCGAAACUUGUUGAGGGCUCAGAUGCUGUAUUUACUGCCAAGGUGGGUUCCAAUCCCAAGCCCCGCCUCACCUGGUUCCACAAUGGCCAACGUUUGGUACAAUCUGCCAAAUACGACAUCUCCUAUUCCAGCGGCACAGCCACCAUGCGCAUUAAGAAGGCCACUCACAAGGAUGCUGGUCAUUACACUUUGUUGGCUGAAAAUACUCAGGGCUGUGUUGUGUCUUCAGCUGUCCUGGCCGUUGAACCGGCUGCCGAGUCGGCUCAUGAGCCCAAGCCUGUGGAUACCACCGCAGAACAAUUGGAAGCUGGCAAGGCUUUGCCUCCCACCUUUGUCAAGGCCUUCAUGGAUCGCGAGAUCACCGAGGGUCGCAUGACCCGUUUCGAUUGUCGUGUCACCGGCAAUCCCUAUCCCGAGGUCUACUGGUUCAUCAAUGGUCGCCAGGUCAACGAUGAUGCCACCCACAAGAUUCUGGUCAAUGAAUCCGGUAGCCAUUCUCUGAUGAUUACCAACGUCAGCCGCACCGAUGCUGGCACCGUCCAAUGCUUGGCUCGCAACAAGGCUGGUGAAAUUGCCAUCGAAGCCCAGUUAAAUGUGCUCGAGAUGGAGCAAGUUGUCGCACCACAAUUUGUCCAACGCUUCAGCACUAUGACUGUGCGCGAGGGCGAGCCCAUCACCAUGAGCGCCAACGCCAUUGGUACACCAAUGCCACGCAUCACCUGGCAAAAGGAUGGCGUCCAAAUCACCUCAACCGCUGAUCGUUUCAUUGGCAUCGAUGGCGGUGCCACUUGUCUAGAGAUACCACGUGUCAAGGCAUCCGACGCUGGCUGGUAUCAGUGUACUGCACAAAACGCGGCCGGCUCAACAGCAAAUCGUGCCCGACUCUAUGUAGAAGUUCCCAGAGAACAACCACCAACAGAACAAAGACGUCUGAAUUUACCAAGACCCACGAAGAUCAUCGAACCAGAGCCCCAGCCUGGUCCAGAAGUUAUUUACUUGCGUCAUGUUGAACGCGCCAAGCCCCAGAGGCGUCCCGGUGAGGAAGAACGUGUCUAUCCACCACCACAAUUCAUUGUGCCCUUGCAAAAUGUCCAGCAAGUUGAGGGUUCCAAAGUGCAUAUGGAAGCUCGCAUUGAACCGGUUGGAGAUCCAACCAUGGUAGUUGAGUGGUUCCUGAAUGGCCGCCCCAUGGCUGCAAGCUCCCGUGCCACCUCCGUAUUCAAGUUCGGUUUCAUUGCCUUGGACUUGUUGAGCGUCAUGUCUCACGAUUCCGGAGAGUAUUUGUGCCGUGUGACCAAUGCCUCCGGCGUGGCCGAAUCUCGUGCCAUUCUCUCAGUGACUCAGCGUCCCUCCAUUGAGCAAACUUCCCAACACCCAAGCAGUUUGGAAUACAUUAGCAACUUGGAGGACUACUCGCGUUACCAGCGCCAAGAGAGCACUGAGGAGUUCAUGAAACAGGCUCCAGUCUUCAUUAGGCCCCUGCAUGAUUUGGGUGACCUCGAGGAGGGCAAGAAUGCUCACUUCGAGGCCCAAGUCAAUCCAGUGAAUGACCCCACCAUGCGUGUAGAGUGGUACAAGGAUGGUCGUCCCAUCACUGCCAGCUCACGCAUCACCGCUAUCUUCAACUUCGGUUAUGUAUCGCUGAACAUUUUACAUUUGCGCGCCGAGGACACCGGCACCUAUACCGUUCGUGCUGUCAACAGCAUGGGCGAGGCCGUGAGCAAUUCCAAUAUUCGCGUAAAUGUUCGAUCUCAAGUAACUGCUGACCUGGGUAUACCAGAGCAACAGCGAUACAUCGAAAAGGUAGAGGAGUUGGAGGACUAUAGAAUGGCCCAGAAGCGUCGUCAUGUCCAUGAAGUUCCCGAGCCCAUUGCUCCUCCCCAAUUCAAGACUCAAAUUCAAAAUCAAGUCGAUAUGCGUGAAGGUGGACAUGCCCACUUUGAGGCACGCCUCGAACCAACUGGCGAUUCCACCAUGCGCAUUGAAUGGUACAAGGAUGGUCAGCCAUUGGAGGCCAGCUCCCGCAGCACCACCUUCUUCAACUUUGGUUAUGUGGCACUCACCAUCAAGCAAUUGACCAUCUAUGAUGCCGGUACCUAUACUUGCCGUGCCUAUAAUGCCAUGGGCGAGGACAUCACCACAGCCCAAUUGAGCGUCAUUUCCAAGCACGAAAUCGUCUCGGAUUCCCAACAUCCCGGUGGCUUGGAGAAGAUCCAACAUUUGGAGGAUUCUUCCCGCUACGGCCGUAGCGAAGAGGAGGAGGUGACCGUUAAGCAAGCUCCCCGCUUCUUGGGUCCCAUGAAGGGCACCAACAAGAUCAUUGAAGGUCAAAAGGCCCACUUUGAGGCCCGAGUUGAACCUCAAAGCGAUUUGACAAUGAGCAUUGAAUGGUACCACAAUGGCCAACCCAUAUCCGCUGCCACCCGCAUUCAACCAUACUACGACUUUGGUUAUGUGGCUUUGGAUAUUACCCAAGUUCGGGCCGAGGAUGCUGGUGUCUACACCGUGGUGGCCCGCAACAAGCUGGGUGAAGCCCAAUUGCAGGGAACAAUGGUCGUUGAAACUCGUUCCAGCAUCGACACAUCCAGCAUGCACCGUGGCCUCUAUGAGAAGACCCAACACUUGGAGAACAAACAAUUCGUUGAACCUCAAUACGACAUCGAGGAAAUCUCCAAGUCCAAGCCCAUUUUCGUACAACCUUUGUCGGAUCCCAAGCCUUUGCACGAGGGCAAAAACAUUCACUUGGAGUGCCGUCUCGAACCAAUGGGUGAUCCCACCAUGCGUGUUGAAUGGUUCCACAAUGGUCGUCCCAUUACCGUGGGAUCUCGUUUCAGAACCUAUUACGACUUUGGUUUCGUUGCCUUGGAUAUUAUCCAAGCCACCGCAUCGGAUUCUGGCGAAUACACCUGCCGUGCCACCAACCAUUUGGGUAGUGCCCACACUUCGGCCUGUGUCCGUGUCAUUGAUCGUUCCGACAUUGUGACUGAAACCCAAAAUGAAAUGUCGUUGGAGCACAUCCAACAGCUGGAGGAAGCCUCCCGCCGCCACUACACCGGCGAAGAGGACAUCACCAUUAUGCAGGCUCCUCAAUUCACCCGACCUCUACACAACAUCGAAACCAUGGAGGGCACCAAUGUCCAUUUGGAAUGCCGUCUGCAACCAGUCGGUGAUCCCAGCAUGCGCAUUGAAUGGUUUGUCAAUGGCCAGCCCCUGAAGACCGGUCAUCGCUUCCGUCCAGCCUAUGAAUUCGAUUACGUAGCCCUCGAUUUGUUGGGCUGCUAUGCCGCCGAUUCUGGUGUGUACACCUGCCAGGCAAGAAAUCAAUUGGGCGAGGCUGUUACCUCCUGCUCUGUCCGCAUUGUGGCCAAGAGCGAUUUAAUUAUGGAAACUCAAAAUGAGUCUGGUCUGCAGAAGAUUGCCUACCUUGAAGACUCGUCGCGUUACCGUCGCAGUGAAUACAUCGACGAGGAAAUCGUUACCAUUCCUCCACGCUUCUUGACACACCCCAAGAGCCUUACCAAUACUCGUGAAGGUGGUCGUGCUCACUUCGAGUGCAAAAUCGAACCAGUUACCGAUCCCAACUUGAAAGUCGAAUGGUUCAAGAACGGCCGUCCCAUCACCGUUGGUCACCGUUUCCGUCCCAUCCACGACUUUGGCUAUGUAGCCUUGGAUAUUGUCGACCUUAUUGCCGAGGAUUCCGGUGUCUACACCUGCCGUGCUGUCAACGCCAUUGGCUCGGAUGAAACUCAGGUUGAGCUUUUGUGCCGCAGCUCCGAGCAAAUUGUUACCGUUACCCAAAAUGAGACCGGUCUCCAACAAAUCCACCAUUUGGAAGAUCGUUCCCGUUACUCACGCCGUGAAGAAAUCGAUGAGACUACCAAACAGGCCCCCGUCUUCACCACUUCCCUAAAGAAUGUGGAGAUCAAGGAAAAUCAACGUGCCCACUUCGAGUGCCGUUUAAUCCCUGUCUCGGAUCCCUCCAUGCGCGUCGAAUGGUACCACAAUAACAUGCCAUUGAAAUCGGGUUCCCGUUUCACCGAAACCAACAACUUUGGUUUCGUUGCUUUGGACAUUAUGUCCUGUUUGCCCGAGGAUGCUGGUACCUACACCUGCCGUGCCUACAAUGCCAUUGGUGAGGCCAUCACCUCGGCUGUAGCUAUUGUCCAUACCAAGAAGGCCAUCUACUCCGAGUCUCAGCAUGAAAGUGCCCUGCCACGCUUGCAACAUUUGGAGGAAUCCACGAAACGCCAACGCAUGAGUGCCCAGGAAGAAAUCAUCACCCAGGCACCUGUCUUUACAUUGCCCGUGCGUGAUUCCCGUGUAGCCGAAGGUCAGGCUGUGCAUUUCGAGGCCCGUCUGAUUCCCGUUGGUGACCCACAUUUGAAGGUCGAAUGGUUGCGCAAUGGUCAACCCAUUGAGGCUUCCAAUCGCAUUACCACCAUGCACGACUUUGGCUAUGUGGCUCUCAACAUGAAAUAUGUCAACCCAGAGGAUUCCGGUACCUACACCUGCCGUGCUACCAACGAACUUGGACAAGCCGUUACUUCGGCUUCUUUGAUUGUCCAAUCGAAGACAUCCAUUCAAAUGGAAACUCAACAUGAGGCUGCCAUGCACAAGAUCCAUCAACUGGAGGAUCACAGCCGCUACCAACGCCGUGAGGAAGAAGAGUACGUGGUGACCCAGGCUCCCAGAUUUGUGACCAAACUCAUUGGUCCCACCAAUUUGGUUGAGGGACAAAGUGCCCAUUACGAAUGUCGCAUUGAACCCUAUCCCGAUCCAAACCUCAAGGUUGAAUGGUUCCACAACGGCAAGCCUUUGAACACUGGCCAUCGUUUCCGUACCACCUACGAUUUUGGCUUUGCCGCUCUCGACAUUUUGACCGUCUACGCCGAGGACAGCGGUGAAUACACCUGCCGCGUCACCAACAAUUUGGGUGAAGCCAUCAACUCGAUUGUCCUCAAUGUUCAAUCGCGCUCCGGCAUCAGCCAUGAAACUCAACACGAAGAAGCCUUGGAAAAGAUCCACCACUUGGAAGAUGCUUCCCGCUAUCAACGUCGCGUUGAAGAGGAAACAUACAUGGCCGAGAGACCACAAUUCGGCCGUCCAUUGCGCAAUGUCAACACCAACGAAGGCAAGCCUGUCCAUAUGGAGGCCACUUUGACGCCCGUCAAUGACCCCACCAUGAAAGUGGAAUGGUACUGCAACGGAGUACCCAUCCAAACCGGUCAUCGCUUCAAGACCACAUACGAUUUCGGUUUCGUAGCUUUGGAUAUUUUGUAUGCCCAUGCCGAAGACACCGGUACCUACAUGUGCAAGGCAAAGAAUGCUGUAGGGGAAGCUGUAACGACUUGUGCUGUAAACGUAACAGCAAACAAGACAUUGGACCUCGACACUCUCGAUGCUGAGCGCCUGGAAAAGAUUCGUCAACUGGAGACCCAUGCCGCUCCCAAGAAGGUGGAAGUCGAAGAGAAGGGUCAAAAACCCAUUUUCCUAACUCCUCUCAGCAAUUUGGAACAUCUGAAGGAGGGCGAACACGCUCACUUGGAGUGCCGUGUCGAGCCAAUCAAUGACCCUAACUUGAAGAUUGAAUGGUUCUGCAAUGGCAAGCAACUGCCGCUAGGUCAUCGUUAUAGAACCACCCACGAUUUCGGUUAUGUUGCCUUGGACAUCCUCUAUGUCUAUGGCGAAGAUACCGGCACCUACAUGUGCAAGGCCACCAAUUUCCUAGGCGAAGCUGUGAACACCUGCAAUGUGCGCGUAUUGAAUCGCCGCAGCAUGAUUUUGGACACCCAACAUCCGGAUGCCUUGGAGAAGAUCCAGAAAUUGGAAUCCAAGGUUCCCGUGCGCCGUACCGAGAUUAGCGAUCAACCCAUCAGCCCACCUCACUUCAGUGUUGAGUUGCGUGGCAGCACCGAAAUUUACGAAGGUGAAACUGCCCACUUUGAGGCUCAAGUUCAGCCCGUGCACGAUCCUAAUUUGCGCAUCGAAUUCUAUCACAAUGGAAAGCCAUUGCCCUCGGCCUCUCGUUUCCACAUCACUUUCGAUUUUGGCUACGUGGCCUUGGAUAUUACCCACGCUGUGGCCGAAGAUGCCGGCGAAUAUUCGGUACGUGCUGUCAAUGCUCUUGGUCAGUGCGUGUCCUCCACCAACUUGCGCGUCAUUGCCCGUGGCACCAUCAUUUCCGAUACUCAACAUCCCGAAGGUUUGGAGAAGAUUCGUAAACUGGAGUCGACUGCUCCCUUCCAACGUCCCGAGUUGGAGACACCCGGUACCAAACAACGUCCAGUCUUCACCCAACCCUUGCAAAACAUCGAUCGCAUCAAUGAGCACCAGACCGCUCACUUCGAAUGCCGUCUCAUUCCCGUUGGCGAUCCCAACCUCAAGGUUGAGUGGUACCGCAAUGAGAAGAUCAUUGAGGACAGCUCUCGCAUUACCAAACAACACGAUUUCGGCUAUGUUUCCUUGGACAUUUCUCACAUUCGCAAAGAAGACGAAGGUGUUUACAUGUGCCGCGCCGUCAAUCCCCUGGGCGAGGCUGUCACCACCGCCUCUAUGCGUGUCGUUACUGAGGCUAGUAUCCAAAUGGAUACUCAACAUCCAGACAGUAUCAGCCGCAUUCAUCAGUUGGAGCGUCCACCAGCACCUCGUCCCGUUGAGCCUGAGCGUGCAUUCGAAAAGCCUAUCUUCACCCAAUUGCUUACCGGUCCUUCGGAGGUAUGGGAAGGACAACAUGCCCACUUUGAGGCUCGUGUGGUGCCAGUUGGUGAUCCAUCUCUGAAAUUCCAAUGGUUCAUCAAUGGCGUCGAAUUGCAAAUGGGUUCGCGUUUGAGGACCACCAACGACUUUGGCUUUGUCACUCUUGACAUUAGCUCCAUUGUUCCCGAAGAUGCCGGUGUCUACAUGUGCCGUGCCUACAAUGCUGCUGGUGAGGCUGUAUCCUCUACGGCUAUGAAGGUCAAGACUAAGGCCAACAUCGCUGGCGAACCCUUGAUUCCUGAGUCAUGGGAAGCUAUUCGCUUGAAGGAAGCCUCCAUGAACCGUGUUCCCGAAAUGUUCGUGGACACCACACCACAACAGGCUCCAGUCUUUACCACCCAUCUGCAAAGCUACGACAAAUUGAGCGAAGGUCAGCACGUCCUUCUGGAAGCUCAGGUGGAACCUCGUGCCGAUCCCAAUUUGCGCAUUGAAUGGUUCAAGAAUGGUAUUUCUCUUACCACUGGUGCGCGCAUCCGCAGCACUUUCGAUUUCGGUUUGGUCACUUUGUCCAUCAAUGGCUUGCGUGCCGACGAUUCGGCCAUCUACACUUGCAAAGCCACCAACCAAAUUGGCGAAGCCGUAUCCACUUGCUCCCUCAAGAUUGAAGAUCGUCAUUGGUUGCAAGCCGAAUCUCUGCAUCCUGAUUCUUUGCCUCGCAUUGGUGAAUUGGAGGCCCCCAAACCUGGUCGUCCUGAGGCCGCUGAACCUGUCUACGAGACUCCCGUCUUCAUUACUCAUUUGAACAACAUUGAGUGCAAGGAGAGCGAUAGCGGUCGCUUCGAAUGCAAUGUUGAACCAUCACGUGAUCCUACCAUGAAGAUUGAAUGGUUCUACAAUGGCCAACCUUUGCAAGCCGCUGCCAAAUUCAAGUCCAUCUACGACUUUGGCUACUGUGCCUUGGACAUGUCCAAUUUGUAUGCUGAGAACAGCGGUAUCUAUACUUGCAAGGCCACCAACAGCAAGGGCUCAGCCACCACAUCGGGUACCUUGAAGUGUACCAGUGGCAAGAUUAUGUUCCUCGAUACCCAACAUCCUCAAGGCGAGGCUGGUAUGGAGGCCAUCAAGGAAACUGAGGAGGAAUUGGCGAAUCGUUAUAACCGCGAUGUUGUCAAGCCAGAAACCCAAUAUCCUGCCCCUGUCUGGACCAGACCAUUGCAGGCUGAGUUCCAUUUGUCCGAAGCUCAACCCUUGCACUUGGAGGGUAAUGUGGAACCCAAGGAGGAUCCUAACCUCUUCAUUGAAUGGUACUUCAAUGGCAAGUUGUUGCAACACGGUUCUCGUUUCAAGAUGACCAGCGAAUUCGGUUUCGUCACCUUGGACAUGAUUGAAGUGUAUGCCCGUGAUCAGGGUAUUUACACCUGCAAGGCCUACAACAAGGCCGGUGAAGCCUUCACCUCAACCACAAUCUUCUGCGACACCAAGGAAAGCAUUAUCGAAAAGACCCAACAUCCAAAGGGUGCCGAAGGCUUGGAACAAAUUCAAGACUUGGAAGAAUCUCUGCGCAAGGAUGGCAGCAAACCCGAGAAGGAAGAAGAAGGUAUGGCUCCACGCUUCACCACUGAAUUCACCAACAUUGCCGACAUUGGUGAGGGUGAAAUUGCUCACUACGAGGCCAAUCUUAUCCCAACCGGAGACCAAAGCAUGGUCAUUGAAUGGUUCUUCAAUGGCAAGGUUUUGGAGGCAAGUCACCGUGUCCGCACCAUUUACGCCUUUGGCAUGGUUGCUUUGGAGAUUUUGGGUACCAAGAUUGAAGACACCGGUACCUACACUUGCCGCGCCACCAACAAAUAUGGCUCUGCCGAAAUUAGCUGCACUUUGGAGUGCGUUGAGAAACCACGUGGCCAGAAACCAGUCUUCACCACCCACAUCAAAUCCGUGGAGGGUCUUAAGGAUGGCCAAUCGGCUCACUUCGAAUGCACUCUCAUCCCAGUCAACGAUCCCGACCUUAAGGUGGAAUGGUACCACAACGGCAAGCUCAUGCGUCACUCGAAUCGCAUCAAGACCGUAUCCGAUUUCGGCUAUGUCGUCUUGGAUAUUUCCUACUUGCAAGAUCAUGACAGUGGUGAAUAUGUGUGCCGUGCCUACAACAAAUACGGCGAGGACUUUACUCGUGCCACCCUCAACUGCCGUGGUCGCGGCGGUGUCUUCUACGACAGCUUGCAACCUGAUUCUCUGCAAAGAAUCAGAGAAUUGGAAUGCCCUCAAGGCCAUGAGGUGCCUUCGACACCUGUUGUCGCCGAACCACCCAAGUUCAUUACCCAAAUCACCGAUGUCACCAAAUUGGUUGAAGGUCAAAGUGCUCACUUUGAGGCUCGCCUUACACCCAUCACCGAUCCUGAUCUUAAGGUGGAAUGGUUCUUCAAUGGCAAGAAAUUGCCACAUGGUCAUCGUUUCCGUACUUUCCACGAUUUCGGCAUUGUUAUCUUGGACAUUCUGUACUGCUAUGAGGAGAACUCUGGUGUUUAUGAAUGCCGCGCCGUCAACAAAUAUGGCGAAGAUGUGACCAGAGCCACACUCAAGUGCACAUCCAAGGCCAACUUGAUUUUGGACUCUCAAUUGCCACGUGGCAUGGAAGGUGGUUUGGAGAAGAUUGCCAAUCUGGAGUACAGCAUGGUACGCACUCGCGACGAAACUGUUGAGGAAAGCAAGGGCAAGGCCCCCAUGUUUACUGUGCCCCUGGAGAACAUCGACAACAUGCGUGAGGGUGAAAAUGCUCACUUCGAGGCUCGUGUUACACCCACAGAUGAUCCUAAACUUCGCGUCGAAUGGUUCUGGAAUGGCCGUCCUCUUAAGGCCGGUUCUCGCUUCCGCACAUUCUGUGACUUUGGCUUUGUUAUCUUGGAAAUAUCGCCCGUCUACCCAGAAGAUUCGGGUGAAUACUCCUGCCGUGCCAUCAAUGAGUAUGGUGAAGCUGUGACCACAGCCAUUAUGAAGAUUCAAGGCAAGCGCAGCAUCAUUAUGGAAUCGCAAUUGCCCAAGGGCAUGGAAGGCACCAUUGAUCGCAUUGCUGAGUUGGAAGGUUUGGGUGCUCGCAGCACGGAGUUCGUGCCCGACGAUGAUACUGGCAAGCCACCAGAAUUCAUUACCACACCCUUCGACAUGGUGAUCAAUGAGAAUCAAUUGGCCCACUUUGAGUGCCGCCUGCAACCCAUCAACGAUCCCAGCAUGCGUGUUGACUGGUUCCACAAUGGCAAGGCCUUGUGGUCUGGAUCACGCAUCAAGACCAUCAAUGACUUUGGUUUUGUUAUUUUGGAAAUUGCCGGAUGCUACCAACGCGACAGUGGUCUUUACACCUGCAAGGCCACCAACAAGCACGGCGAAGCCACAGUGUCGUGCAAAUUGCAAGUCAAGGGACGCCAAGGCAUCGUCAUGGAACCCCAAUUGCCAUCUAACUUCCGUACCGGCACCGAGAGCCUUCAGAAGCUCGAAGAGAACAUGCACAAACGCGAGGAGAUGGUCAUCGAUGAGGAACAACCCAAUCCACCUAGAUUCACUGAGGACAUCAAGGACAAUUUGGAUGUCCAAGAAGGUGGUCCCAUUCACUUUGAUUGCCGUGUCGAACCUGUCGGCGAUCCCACAAUGCGUAUCGAUUGGUUCUAUAAUGGACGUCCUUUGGCCACCGGUUCCCGAGUGCAUCAACUCAACGACUUUGGCUUCAUUGCCUUGGACAUUGACUACAUUUAUGCUCGUGAUUCUGGUGAAUAUACCUGUCGUGCCACCAACAAAUGGGGCACUGCUACCACCACUGCCAAGGUUACCUGCAAGGGCAAGAGCAACAUUGUCUACGACACUCAAUUGCCUGAUGGUAUGACUGCUCAAAAACUUAAGGAAUUGGAACAGGGCCGUAUUCCCGAUGUGCCCAAGGAGGAAGAGGUCGAUUUCGGACCACCAAUCUUUGUCACAGAAAUUGCCUCGACCACCGUCGAAGAAGCUGAAGCCGUACGCUUCGAAUGUCAAGUGGAGCCUAAGAAUGAUCCCAACUUGCGCAUUGAAUGGUAUCGCAACGGCAAGCUGUUGCCUUCGGGUCACCGCUACAGAAAUAUUUUCGACAUGGGCUUUGUAUCGCUGGACAUUUUGUAUGUCUAUGCUGAGGAUUCGGGUGAAUAUGUAUGUCGUGCCUACAACAAGCACGGCGAAGCACGCACCAAGGCCACCGUGUCAUGCAAGAAACUGCCAUCAAUUAUGUUGCAAAAUCAAGUGCCACGUGGCAUGAAACGCUCUGAGACCUUAACCCAGAUGGAGGCUACAAUCAAGAAAUAUACCUCCGAGGUACAUUUGACCGAAGAUGAUCUUUUCGAUCCGGAUCGCAAGCAACCACCUCGUUUUGUGACCCAAAUCAAGGAUCAAACCACUUUGACCGAAAUGAGCAAGACCAAGUUUGAAUGUCAGUUGGCACCGGUCGGUGAUCCCAACAUGAAGGUGGAAUGGUUCUUCAAUGGCAAACCAUUGUUGUACAAGAAUCGUUUCCAACCUAUCUACGAUUUCGGUUAUGUAGCCAUGAACUUUGGCUGGAUCUAUCCCGAAGAUAGCGGUGAAUAUGUUUGCAGGGCCACCAAUUUGUAUGGCAAAGAUGAGACCAGAGCUGUCAUUAAGGUAGCUGGUAAACCAGGCAUUGUCUAUGACUCCCAAUUGCCAGCUCAUAUGCACAGCAUUGAUCGCAUUCGCGAAAUGGAAGCCUCUUGGCAAGUUGUUCCCGAAGAAGUUGAUCCUGAUGCCAAGCCUAGAUCGAAACCCAUGUUUGUUAGCAAACUGGAACCACAAACCGUGGAAGAGGGCGAACCUGCUAGAUUCUGUGUGCGUGUAACUGGCCAUCCCAGACCCCGAGUCAUGUGGUUGAUCAAUGGCCAUACAGUUGUAUCUGGUUCACGUUACAAGCUCACAAACGAUGGAAUGUUCCAUUUGGAUAUUCCAAAAACACGUCAAUACGAUACCGGUAAAGUCGAAGUCAUUGCUCGCAAUUCUGUUGGCGAAUCAAUUGCCUCAACCGAAUUGAAUGUUGUGGCCCGUUCCGAUGAUUUCCGUGGCGUCCUUAAGAAUUCACCACGUCCUUGGUACGACUAUGAACUGACUGCCUAUCAAAAGGAACGUCAAGAAAACGAACUUGAAAAGGUAUUCGAUGAACGCAAGCAAUAUUUGGCCGAACAAAGUGGUACCACUUUGAAGGGCGUUGAACAUCUCAAGCCCAAGCAAUACAAGGCUGAAGCUCCGGAAUGGCAACAGACUGUGCGCAAGAAGAAGACCGAAGAUUAUUACAACAAAUUGCAGGAAUUGGACAAUGAACUGCUAUUGAAGGAAGUCAAUUUGCGCAAGGAUAAUCAUCAGUAUGCCAUUCCUGGCGAAAAGAUUGUCAGCAGUUCACAAGCCAAGGGUAUGGCCCAGUCCUAUGAGGAGAACUUACAAGAAGAAAACACCACAAGCACUACCAAACGUGUCGUCCAGCAAAAGCCCGUGGAACCGUCUGAAUCAUCGGUCCAUGGCCGUGAAGUUCACAUGAACAAACAACAACAAACCCAAAAGGAAGUUGUCGGCGACAUGGAGAUUACCCGCAAAAUAACCGCCACUGAAACAACUGAGGUAGAACACAAGGGCACCAUCCAAGAACGUGUGGUCAAGGGCCCCGUUAAGCCAGCCAAGCCACCAGUAUUCACCAAGAAGAUCCAGCCCUGCCGUGUCUUCGAGAAUGAACAGGCCAAAUUCGAAGUUGAAUUCGAUGGUGAACCCAUGCCCAAGAUCAAAUGGUUCCGCGAAAGCUUCCCCAUUCAAAGCUCACCCGACUUGCAAAUCCACACAUUCAGUGGCAAGUCGAUUUUGAUUAUUCGCCAAGUGUUCGUUGAAGACUCGGCCGUAUUCUCUUGCAUUGCCGAGAACCAUGGAGGCACCGCCAAGUGCAGUGCCAAUUUGGUCGUUGAAGAACGCCGUCGUGCUGGCAAGGGUGGCAUGGCUCCCCCCAGCUUUGUAAAUACCAUUCAAAGCACUACUGUGACCACCGGUCAGUUGGCUCGUUUCGAUGCCAAGGUCACCGGUACCCGUCCCAUGGAUGUCUACUGGAUCAAGAAUGGCAUGAAGCUACAGCCCAGCAUUAAGUUCAAGAUGCUGGAGGAGGACAAUAUUCACACAUUGUUGAUCAUUGAACCAACUGCCGAAGAUACCGGCCGCUACGAAUGUGUUGCCGUGAAUGCUGCUGGCGAGGCUCGCUGUGAUGCCGAUUGUGUUGUUCAAUCCUCAGCCAAACCCGAAAAACCCACUACCCCGGGUGUAGAGAAGGCUCCUCACAUUGUCGAACAAUUGAAGAGUCAGUCUGUGGAAGAGGGUAGCAAGGUAAUCUUCCGUUGCCGCAUCGAGGGUAAACCCACUCCUACGGCUCGCUGGAUGCGUGGUGAUAACUAUGUGAAGCCUUCACGUUACUUCCAAAUGUCCCGUCAAGGUGAAUACUAUCAGCUUGUCAUCUCCGAGGCCUUCCCCGAAGAUGAGGGCACCUACAAGUGCAUUGCCGAGAACAAAUUGGGUAGCAUUCAGACCAGUGCUCAAUUGAAGGUGCGACCAAUUGAGAAUUUGGAUGCUCCACCCACCAUUACCGCUCUGAAGGAUGUCAGCGUGUCGGAGGGUAUGCCAGCCCAAUUUAAGACAACAGUGACGGGCAAAGUGAAACCAACCAGUGUUCAGUGGUUCCGUGAAGGUGCUUUAAUUCCGGAAACACCAGAUUUUCAAAUGAUUUUCGAUGGCAAUACAGCCGUACUAUUGAUCGGAACAACCUAUGAGGAAGAUUCCGGUGUAUUUACCGUACGUGCAACCUCAUCCACAGGACAAGCUGAAUCAUCGGCCAAAUUAACUGUAAAAAAACGUCGCAUCUCGGCCUUUCAGUUAGCUAGAAUUGAUUCCGCCGACGAUGAUGCCUCCUCUUCAGGCAGGGAGGACAGUUCACCUGAAUCGCCCUAUCAAACAUCACAACAACCACCACAAUUUGGCCCCUAUCUCGGCGUCAAUGGACACGGUCCGGUACCACAUCAGGGACGUUCACGCACCAAAAGCAAAAAACCACGCAGUAAAUCACUCCAGCCCCAAUCCAAUAUUGUACCCUGGCGCAAAGCUUCUCGGCCCAGUCGUGGUCGGUCUCUCGACAAGUCACCCUUCUUGCCAGGCUGCAAGCCAGCCCCAGUCAAGUCAUGGACUGAGGAAACCAUCAACCUGAAACCAGCACCCAUUGAGAAGAAGGUCAUACCUAAAAUGGAGGCUGCCAAGGUGGCUCUGAAGUCCAUUAAAAAUCAACGUGAUCAGGGCCUACUGAGCCUUGGAGCCACUCUGGAGAAAAUCAUAGAGGGCAAGACUGAAAAGGAAGCCAUUCCAUGGAUUACAAUGCGCGAUAAGUUGCGUCAAGUGGAAACUGUGCAAAAGCAAUUGGAGAAAUUCGAUUUGGAUGAAGUGUAUCUGCGCGAUCUGGAAAUGCCCAUUACCAACGAUGUGGAGCAACCGCAACAGGCCACACAGGAACAGGUUCAACGUGAUCGUGAAAUUCUACGUCUCAAGAGCAUGGAAAGCUUUGAGAUCAACGAGGUAACCGAACAAAUAGAACAACUUCUAGACAAACAAAAGCCCAAGAAGGGCGAAGAUAUUCCAUGGCAGGAGAUGCGCAAAUAUCUCAAAAAGGUACAGCGCGAACACAAGCAAAUCGAAAAAUUCAAAAUCGAAGAGGUUGAGCUACACCAUCUCACCGCCGAAGAGCUUUUGACACACACCGCUCAAAAUGCCACUCAGGAACAAAGUUCCACGUGGUUAGAGGAGACCUCUAGGGCAGCUAUACAGAAGUACGUACACAAGGAAGAUGUCCAGAAAUUCGUUGAAGUGGAGGAUGUACAAAAACAACAAUACAUAACCACGGAGGACAUUAACAUUUUGAGCGUUGAGGAACGUGAAAAGUUGGAAAGGCAGCGUUUGUUGCGCGAGGAGCAGGCUUUGAACUGGCGCAAUGCCCAGACAAGGCCAAAGGUUGAAUCGAUGACCUCGGUCGAAGAGACCAUCAAGAAGCAGGUCGAUGAACGCACCCGCAUGAAGAUACAACAUCAGGUGUCCGAGGAUCUGACACAGCAACAGCAGUUUGUCAGCGUUGAAGAUUCGAAAUUGAUGAGAAUCGAAGAGCACGAACACUUGCGCCAAACCCGUCUCACCAAGGAGGAACAAAGCAUGAACUGGCGGCAACCCAGACAGCCACAACAAUUCGUCCAAGUGGAGGACACUCAGAUUCUCAACCUGCAAGAGCGUCAAGACACCGAGGAGCAUUCCCUCCUGCAACCGGAACCAGUAAUGUGGGAACGUGGAAAGAAGAAACCACAAAUGCAACAACCUCAAGAACAACAACAACCUGGUGAGAUUCAGAGAACCUAUGAAGAGGUCCACGAUGAGUUGGUUGAAGAGACGCCACAACCCAAACCGGAAGAACUCACACCGGUCAUGUGGGAACGUGGAAAGAAGAAAACACUUGUUCAGCAACAACAACAACAGGUCGUGGAAAUGCGUGAAACUCAACAACAAAUUACCGAGGAGACGAAACAGGUAGUUGAAGAAACCAAACAGGUAACCAAGAAGCGCGUUAUUCCCGCCCCACAACCCGCGGAGAAAAUGGAACAGGUUGUCUUGAAACCAACACCAAGGCCCAAGCCAAAACCUGCACAAAAAGAAGAACUACAACUCAAGCCAUUGAAACGUACUCAGGAACGCCCACAGCAAGUCGAGCCCGAACAACCCACCCAGGCCUAUGAGGAAGCCAUUGACGAGUUGCCCGAAGAAGAGAAGCCUCAACCUGUCGUGGAACAACCUCAACCCGUAAUGUGGGAAAGAGGUAAGAAGAAACAGGCCACCAAAGUAGAGGAACAAGUUCUCGAGGAACAACCUCAGAAGAGCUAUGAAGAAGCUGUUGAUGAACUUCCUGAGGAACCGCAAACCAAACAACCUGAACAGCCACAACCGGUAAUGUGGGAACGUGGCAAGAAAAAACAACAAAAGCUUGUUCCACAACAACCUGCCCAAGAGAUGCCAACUCAGGCCUAUGAAGAGACGGUUGAUGGUCUGGUCGAGGAAGAGAAACCCGAGGUGGCUGAAGAAACUCUCCAGCCGGUAAUGUGGGAACGCGGACAAAAGAAGAAGAAACAAGAGAUAACACAAGUUACAGAAGUCACGGAAAUAGCUGAGCAGAAGGUAUUGGAACAGACCACUGUAGAAGAGAUUAAGAAGAAGGCCGUAUCCAAGGUCGUUGUUCAAGAGCAGAAGGUAGAAAAACUGGAACAGAUUCAACUAAAACCCACACCCAGGCCCAAGCCCAAGGAACAACCCAAGAAGGAGGAAAUUCAACUAAAACCAGUAAAACGCACUCAACCCAGCAAAUCGCAAGAGGUUGAAGAAGUACAGCCCACAAAGGCCUACGAGGAAGCAGUUGAUGAAUUACCCGAAGAACCUCAACCACAGCCGGAAGAAGCUCCACAACCCGUACUGUGGGAACGUGGCAAGAAGGCCAAGAAACAAGAAGUCGCGGAAGUGAUCGAACAAAAGGUAGUCGAAGAAGCUGUAGUGGAGGAAGUACUGAAGAAGAAGAAGAAGGUACGCAGCAAACCUCUAAAAACCGAAGAACAAGAAGUUGAGGAAGUUCCAGAGCAAGCCUAUGAAGAAGCUGUUGAUGAUCUUCCCGAAGAACCAAAACAAGCAGUCGAAGAAGCGCCACAACCUGUUAUGUGGGAGCGUGGCAAAAAGAAGAAGCAAGAACCCGUAACUCCUGUCGAAGUAACGGAAGUCACCGAAGAACAGAAGGUUAUAGAAGAAACAAAGGUCGAAGAAGUCAAGAGAAAGAAGUCCAUACCCAAGGUAGUGCAGAAGGAAGAGAGAAUAGAACAGGUUCAACUGAAACCAACUCCGAGACCCAAGCCUAAGGAGCAACCCAAAAAGGAAGAGGUCGAACUAAAACCAGUUAAGCGCACUAAACCCGUCAAGACGGAGGAAAUUCUGGAACAACCCGAAAAGGCUUACGAAGAGGCUGUCGACGAGUUGCCCGAAGAACCUAAGCCUGAACAACCAGAAGAGUUGAAACCAGUUGCCUGGGAAAGAGGCAAGAAACAAAAGAAGAAGCCCAAACAAGUAAAAGAAGAAGAGGCAGUGGAACAACCUGAACAGUCAUAUGAAGAGACCAUUGAUGAGUUGCCAGAAGAACCUCAACCACAGCCAGAGGAAUUGAAACCAGUGGCCUGGGAAAGAGGCAAAAAGAAGAAGCCACAGAAACCUAAAGUACCCGAAUCGAAAGAGGAAGUCGAACAAGUGGUUGAAGAAGUCAGUGAUGUGCUUCCCGAAGAACCUAAGGUUGAAGAAGAGCAACCACAACCAGUUAUGUGGGAAAGAGGCAAAAAGAAACCCAAGAAGCCUGUUGAGGAACAACCUCAACCUGAGGAGCCCAAAGUGGAAGAAGCACCCACGAUUGCCGAAGAGGAAGAGGUUCAGGUUGAAAAGACAACCAAGGUUGUUAAAAAGAAGAAGGUUAAGAAACCCACUGAACCACAACCAGAAGAGCCGGAAGCUCCACAAGAAGACGAAGAAGAAGUAGAAGAAACAAAGAUUGUAGACGAGCAGGAAGAACAAGAAGUUCAGGUAGAGGAAACAACCAAGACUGUUAAAAAGAAGAAGGUUAAGAAGCCUAAGGCCAAGAAGGAAAUUACCGAAGAGACUGAAGACAUUCCACAACCAGAGGAAGAAGAAGAAAUUGAAGAAGUAGUCGAGGAGGUCGUCGAAAAACCACAAGAACCCAAACGCGUCAAGAAAAUACAACCUCAAGAACCAGAAAAACCGGAACAAGUCCAACUUAAGCCUGUGGCAAGGAAACAAUUGCCCAAACCCCAGGAAGAAAAGUUAGAAGAAGUUAAACUCAAGCCAACUAGAAAGUCAAUUACCCAGACCGAUAGCGCCGUUCCACAACCCGAAGAAGUGGAAGUUUCCGAACAACCUGAGGAAGAGGAAACCACAGUUGUGGAGGAACAUGAAGAGGUUACCAAGAAGCGGGUCAAGAAGAAGAAACCCAAGAAGAAGGUCACCAAACCAGAAGAACAAGAAACUGUGGAAGAGGAAGAACAACCUCAGGAAGAAGAAGAGGAGGAGGAACAAGAACUUCCAGAAGAAGAGGCAAUCGAAGAAGUUGCUGAACCCGAGGAAGUCAAACCCCAACCACAAGUUGUGGCCAAACCUGUGCCCCAGCAAGUUGAAGAGAAGUUGGAGGAAGUUAAGCUUAAGCCAGUCAGACGGCCCAUCAAACAACUACCCCAAGAGGAAGCCAUUGAGGAGGUACGCCUGAAGCCCGCCAAACGUUUGACUCCCAAACCAGAAGAACAGAAACUGGAAGAAGUUGAACUACAACAUGUCGAAAGGUUCGAAGAACAGGUUAUGGUUGAAGAAAAGAAGAAGGUUAAGAGAGUCAAGAAGCCCAAACACGAAGAGCUUCCUGAAAUACCAGACGCUGAGCCGGUAGAAUUGGAAAAGGCCGAACAUAUUGAGUUGGAGAAAGAACCUCAGGUGGAAGAGGCUCAACCUCAGGUACCAUGGAAACGUGGCGAAAAGAAGAAGCCCAUUGAACAGCCAAUUGAAGAAAAACAAUGGCCAAAGGGUAAAAGACGUCCACUGCCAGAGGAGAAACCAGAGGAGGUUACACUUAAACCUAUACCUUCUAAACCCAAGGAGGAACCCAAGAAACCCGAAAAGGCUGUGCCAGCUCCCGAAUUUGUUCCCGAAGAAAAGCAGCCUUCCGAGGAAAAGGAAUUGGAAAUUGAACCUGUUCCUGUCGUCGACGAAGUCGAGGAAGUAGAGAAGCCCACCAAAGAAAAGACCAAGAAGAAGAAGAAACCUAAGCUGCAAAAGGCAACGCCUUCAGUGGACGAGGUUUCGGAAGAAAUAGCCGAACCAUUUGCUGAACCCAUUGCCGAGGAAGAUCAAGUUGAGGAGGUACCGAUCGAAGAAGUUAAGGAGGUGGCCAUAUCUGAAGAGAUUUUGCCCGAAGAAGAAGUCGUACCCACCGAAGAGGCGCCCACAGACAAGCCUUCCGUGCACAAGGCUCACAAGAAACGCACAAAACGCCUGAAGGAGGUUUCCUUCGAGGAACAACCCACACUGCUGCAGGCCACUGUCAUCGACACGGCCGAAGAAGAAGUCGUGCACGAGGAAGAAACCUCCCAGGAGAUCUCGCAAAAGACUAUCAUGCUCAACAAAAAGACUGAAGAACCCCUACCCAAGUUUAUUACCACUGAACAGCUGAUAGAAGUUGACGUGGACGACGUCAAGCGCAACGUCGAAAUGAAGAUCACCUCAAAUAUCGUCAAGAAAGAGAAGCGCCGCAUUGUUCUGGACGACAGUCAGCCGUUGCCCGAACUCGAACUCAUUACCCAGAAACGAGUGCAGGAGGGCUUGGACAAGGUGGCCGACGAAGAAGUAAUCGAGGAUCAGCAGCUGACCCAAAACGACGAAGAGAUCAUCACCUCGGAGGUAAUGGGAGAACGCCGCAUUGUCAAGAAGAAGAAGAAGACUGUAAAACCGCCACGCAUUACCGAGAAGCUUAGGCCGCGCAUGGUGGUGCCCGAAGAACCCACAAUUCUGGAGUGCAAAGUCGAGGGCAUUCCCUUCCCUGAAAUCAAGUGGUACUUCAACGAUAUCCUUCUGUUUGCCUGCGAGAAAUACGAACUCAAUGUGGUGGAAGACGUGGCCCAGCUCAAGAUUGCCAAGGUUACUCCCAGUGAUGUGGGAAUAUACACUUGCGAAGCCAAGAAUGAGGCUGGGGUGGCUAUAACGCGCACAAAUGUCGCACUAGAAAAAGAACAAGGCAUAGCUCCUCAAUUCACAAAACCAUUGAAGAUUGAGUUCACCGAGGAGUCACCUGAACGCCUCAAAGUCAAGGUGACCUGCCAAGUUACGGGUAAGCCGCAGCCAGAAGUCAAAUGGUAUCACGGAGUGGAGGAAAUACUGCCCAGCGAAUCCGUGCAGAUGUUCUACAAUGAACAGACUGGCGAUGUUGCCUUGGAAGUUAUCAAUCCGCCCCCCAACGAGGCUGUGGUAUACUCGGUGCAAGCCAUGAAUCCAUUCGGCCGGGCCGUGGGUAAUGCCAACAUCUUGAGUAAGGUGGAUGAAUUGGAGAAACCCAAGGAAAUACUGAAGGCGCCCAAUAUUACGCCAAUAAGUGCCAAGGUUGUGCCCCAUGGUGGUACUCUUCUGUACGAAGCCAAAUACGAGGGUACCCCUCGGCCACAAAUUAAAUGGUUCCGCAACGGGCGCAUAAUCGAGGAGAACGAAGAUGUUACCAUUGAAACCACGGAGACGACCACCAUCAUCAAGAUUGUCAACAUGACCCGCAAGCGUGCCGGCAAGUAUGAGGUAUCGGCCACCAAUGAAGUGGGCGAAGCCAAGACUUCAGGCUCGGUGGUGGUAUCCGACCAGGCUCCAGACAAAACCAUUAAACCACCACACUUCAUACAGCCGCUGGAGCCCAAGUUCUUUGCCGAAAAUGAGGUGGCCAUAAUGGAGGCCGUUGUUGACUCCGAGCCACUGUCUUCGUUCCAAUGGUUUAUUAACAAUGAGGCUGUUGUUAGCUCAAAUGAGGUGCGCAUUGUUUCCAAGGAGAACAAAUCCACACUUCUGAUAGAGGAGUUCAAGCCGAAAUUCAAGGGACCCUACACAUGUCGCGCCGAAAAUGUUGGCGGCUCGGUAACCUCGACGGCAAGUGUUAAGCUGCUGGAGGAGGCACCUCAAGAGGUGGUCGAAGAAUUCGAGUCGCCACGCUUUGUUGAAGAGCUCAUCGAACCCGUGGAAGUAAUGGAUGGCGAGCGUCUACUGCUCACCUGUAAGGUAGUGGGUAAACCCACGCCCCGUGUAGCCUGGUAUCACAAUGAAGAAAAGGUGGUGGAGAACAAAGAGACACACGUUUCCCAAGAUGCCGAUGGCAAAUGCCUUUUGGAAAUUACCGAAGUAUUCCCAGAAAAUCAAGGCGUAUACAAAUGUAUUGCCACAAAUAAAAUUGGCGAGUCCAUAACCAAGACAACAGUUAGCAUUCAAGCAUUUGAAUAUAUCCCCGAUUCUGAAAUGACUGGUUCAGAAGAUGAUCUUCUCGAUAGGUCUAUCGAUGAAGAUAAACCACCGAAAAUUAUUAAGAAACUACCCGAAAAAAUCGAACCCAAGGAGGGUGAAUUAGCCAAACUGGAAGUCAAAGUUAUUGGCAAGCCAAAGCCAAAAGUCAAAUGGCUGCGGGACGACGAGGAGAUAUUCGCUUCCGAAGAAUAUCAAAUCGAAAAUUUCGAAGAUGGCACCUCAGUGCUGGUUAUCAAUAAUAUUUAUCCCGAUGAUGUGGGCACAAUUAGUUUUGAGGCCUACAAUCCAUUGGGUGUGGCUGUGACAACUGCAUUGAUUUCGGUCGAAGGCAUCGUUGGAUCGAAGGAUUACCGCAAACCUGAAUGGGUGACUCACAUGGAGGAAAUGCAACGGGCUCUGAAAGCUGCUAAAUGCUCGCCAUCGCUUGUCAAUGAAAUGCACGAUUGUCGUGCAGCAACUGGUGAAAAAGCUAAGUUCAAAGUACAGUUUGCAGGAAAUCCAAAACCAGAUAUUCAAUGGUAUUUUGAUAAUAAACAACUUAGGGAAUCGGACAAAUAUCACAUGAUCGUCGAAGAAACCGAAGCCUUCUUGGAAAUUUCAAAUGUUACUUACGAAGAUAUUGGCUUCUAUACGUGUAAGCUAAUCAAUGAGAUCGGCAUGACCAUGACUAGGGCCAAAUUCGAUAUUUCCACAACAUCGACAGCGGAGGAGACAAAAGUCACCACAGUCAAGGGCAAGGGUAAGGGCAAGAAGAAGGUGGUCAAGAAACUGGCACCGGUUGUAGUUGUAGCCCAGCCAUAUUGUUCUUCAACUGACAGUGAAGCGGAAACCGGUACCACCACCACACAGGUUGUGACUACCGUGGAAGAACCCCAACAGACUGAGGUCGAAACAACCAUGGAAGUGAUAAAGGUACGAAAACCAGUUUCCAUUUUGGUAGAACAAAGUGGCAAAUCUGAAGUAAUGGAAGUCAAAGAUCGCUCGGUGGCCGAUGCCGAAGUGACAACCACGGUUGUCGAAGAGGAAACCGUCACAACCACCACCAGCACCUCAACAACACGCCAGACAACAACAUCCAUAGAAAUAAGUGAAACCAUCAAAUCCAUACGUUCGAAAAUCACUUCCAAAACCAUUACCAUUGAAGAUGUGCUGGAGAUCAAACAACAUCACGAAGUCAAUACACUGCUGGAAACAAUCAAUGCCAGCUCCUUUGGCAGCAUUGGGGAAUCUGCCCUCCGCGACUUGGCCACAAUUGGUCUACUUGUACGCCACGGCUGUACAAUUAUAGAGAUUAUCUAUUUGUAUGAACAGAAUAUUUUCAUUGCCUUGCAAAAGCCCGAAGCCCAAUCGGCCUUGGUGCAGCUGGUCGAACGUGAAGGUCACGAGGAGCUGAUAUCGGAAAUAUUGAGUGAGUCGUCGAGCGAAGAAGAGACAAUAUUGGCUGCUACCGUAGGUUUUAAGGCCUUCAUACGCAUGAUUCAGACCUGUGAGAUAACCAUUGAGACUGUCAUCAGGAAAUUUGUGCGAGAGGAUUUCAUAAGCCAGGAUUGGAAGAUAGCCACAAAAGAGAGGACUGUUGAGACCACACACGUCUUUGAAAGUCGAGAAGCUGUGACUCAUAUAAAAAUUGAGGAAACAAUCGUCGAGGAACGUACCAUAAUCGUCGAUGAAGAAACAACAUUAGUGGAACAACAUGAACAGCAACAACAACAACAAAUUAUACAACAAGUGGAAGUUCAAGAACAGAUACAACUACAACAACAACAUAAACAAGUCCAAUACAUACAGGACACAAUUAUCACAGAACAGCAACAACAAUUGGAGAAGAAAACGAAAAAGCAGAAAAAACUCAAAAUCACAAAACAGGACACAAGAGGAGUGGUGGUCGUUCCAGACGAUGCCAAGGAAGAGGAAGAAACCGCACAAGUAUUGGAAACAGUUGAAGGCAUUGCUUCGCCGAUAUUUGAAAAGCUUACACCGCACCUAACGUCCCAAGAGUCGGCGGAAACAACGGCUUUCAGCGAGUCGUCUCUUAUGGCAACCGCAGAUAAGCCCAAGACCGUCAAGGCCCGGGAAUCGUUAAUGUCGCAACAAAAUAUUGUGGUCCAAGAGCUCCACCAAACAAUGGAAAUCGAACAAGAAAUCCAGAAAUUCAAGCAUUCCCAGGAAGUGGUUAGUGAAUCUGUUGAGGAAGUAGAACUCAGGGCUCCGAGUGUGGUGGAACAAAUGCCGGCAGAAGAGCCUAGCCAGUUGUCGCCGUUUAAAAUGACCAAAACUAAGGUCAAACGUAGCAAGGACUUGAGUAAACGAAAGUCGCUGGUUGUUGAAUCUCCUCUGGUGCAAGAAAGUCUAGAGGAGCACGUACCAUCAAAAGAAACCGAACGUCAUGCCGAUGCUAACAUUGUGCCCGUACAGGCCGCCCCAGAACAACAUCAAAUUGUGGUAACGGAAAGUAUUCAGAAAUUAGUUACAGACAAAUUGGCACAGCCCGAAGAUAGUCGCACCACAAUGGUGAUUAGCUCCAAGAGAGGUUUGGUUGUGGAGGAAAUUAUAAGUGCCGAAACCACGGAAAAAGAAGUCUCCUUGGAAAAAACACCAGCUUUGGAAACAACCCAAAGGCUGGUUUCUACGGAAACAAGUGUUGAAGUUGCGCAAGUUGAGGUCCACGACACCAUUAAAGAUCUCCACAUCAGACCGGAGCAACCACAAGAAAAAUCCCAAACCUCAUUUGUAGAACACAAAUCUUACGAGUCUCAGCAACCAUUUGCUGUCGAAGUUGAGGAAGAAUAUGUAGACCAAACAGGCAAGCCAAAUAAAUUGACAGCCAACGAAGUGGUCAAAGAUGUCUCAACAUCUUUGGAAAUUAGGGACACCGAGCCCAUGGAAUCCCUUCAAGACAUGUCCAGUAAGAAAUCAGAUCUGUCCCAAAAGGCAACGGACAAACUAGUGUUUGUGGAAGGUUUUCAAACCACUCAAGCCGAUUUACAGAGUCCCUUGGAUGAAUUAAGGGCAACAUUCCCGACUGGACAAGGCAAACAGGCCGAAAUGCGACUACAGGAAUUAACUCAUCUAGUCGAAAAAGAGGUAUUUAUUGAAGAAGCUAAACCCCAAGAUUUACAUGUACCACAUGCAUUAGUGGCAAGGGCUGACCUGCAAGGAGAACUGCCCCAUUUGGUAAGUCACGAGGUCACCACAACUCUGAUCAGUGAAAAGAGUCAAGAGUUAAUAGUACCCGAAGUAGACAUGAGGGCCGCACCCAAACAAACUUUGGGUGGAGCCCUUACAACAGUAGGCGAAACACAACAUGAGCAAAUUUUGGACACCGUAGUGGAACAUGGCUUUGAACUUCCUGCACUGCAAAAAGGCAAGGCCAAUGUGGAGGGUACCACAGUAGUGGCCGAUGUGCUACAAGUUUUAACUCAAGAAAAAGAAACAACACUGGAAACCACUGAGCCCAAGCUUUUGAGUCCCCUUGAGGCCUACGUCAUGGAAAAUGUCAGCGCUUUAACUAUUUCAUCUCAGCAAACUGUCGAAAAAGAAGAAACCCUCAAGCCCUUCGAAACGCCAAAGCUGCAAAAGGCUGGCGAGCAUUCAACAUUGCACGACUUGAAGGCACCCAAUGUUGAAUUGGUACAAACUGAAAUGACCACCAAACCGUUGGAAUUCCAACCAUCCGAGCCAAUCCAGGCUCAAAGACAUGUAGACGCCACACAUGCAAGCCUUACUUACGCCACUACUAUGCUGGAGUCCGAUACUGCAAUGCCAGCUAUUGACAAGGCAAAAGAAAUCAAAAUCCAACCCAGCAUUGCGGAGAAUUCUGUGAAUUUGGAAAUUUAUGAAAUAAACAUCUCAGAAAGCUUAGCUGGACAGCCCGGAUUGGAACAGCCUCUUGCCCACCGAGCAUCCGUACAACAAAAUGAACAAAAACUAAAAUAUGUGGAAACUUUGGAAUCGAUGAUUUUAGAGACAUCUGAGGCUUCGCACAUGAAUGUGGAAUAUGAAAAGCCCACCGCAACACAGUAUCUUGCCCCACAGCAUGCUGUGCAAGAGAUGGUCCAAACUAUAAUGGAUUUGCCUGGCCACAUGCCAGACAUUAAGGGGCCAGAAAUGCAACAACCUCAGGGGAACAUUGAGGUUACACACGCCUUGGACACCAUGGAAAUACCGGUGCACGACAAGGAAAGUAUACUCCAUAUACCAGAACAACCUUCAAUCAGGGAAGCUACGUUGGGCGCCACAAAACUCUUGCAAAUCGCCGAAACAUUUACCGCUCAAACUGUAGAAAAUUCGCAACGUCUUGUUCCUCAUGAAUCGAACGAACAAACGGCUUCAGCCACUGUAGACAGUGAAAUCAUACCAGCCCUUAGUAGCGAAAUGCAAGAUUUAGAGUCAGUAGCUGCCUACGACAGUAGUGCUCCUCUAAAAUCCAUGGCCAUAAGUAAUAUUUCUCUACAGGAAUAUCAUGGCGCCUUGGAUGUGGCAGAAGUAAAUGUCAGCGACAAGGAAGUGCUGAAGGCCGACAUGAAAAUACCCCAUGAAACAAUGGCAGAAACUAGACUCACGUCUGAACUUUUCAAAUCCGUUCAAGUCAAAAAGGAACUAAUAUUUGAAGUUCCGGAAAAAUUCGAUGGAAUACCCUCCUUGGAAACCCAAGGCCAACAUAUUGGAAUUGAGAAGCUACAGGAAAUUUCUAUUAACUCUGUAAAUUUCUAUGAAAGAGAGGAGGAUUUAAGUGCAAAGGAAAUGCAAGCACCACAAGAGGCUCAAGUGGUUCUCAAACCGCAAUCACAGUUAGCCCUGUCUCAGAAGGAAGAAGUCCUGGAAACUUCCGAUGACUACAAGCCCCAAGGAAUUAGCCAUGACUCUGCCCAGCUCAUCGUACAAGAGGGCCAUCUAAAGUUGCCCCUCAAAGCGGGAAUUCUGCAACAAGACUCCACCUCAGCAUUGGAGCCAUUUAAAACGACAGUUGUACACGCUAAAUUAAGCAGUGAUAUUUUGAGGGAGACCACAACGGAACAAACAUUGGUAUUAGAAAGCACCACGUCGAAAGAGCACGGUGAAAAACAAAAGGAGGAACACCUGACGACGACAUUACAUGAAAGUCCAAGACAUGCCUUUGAAGAAACCAGCGAUCAAAUUAUGGAGCUCGAAGCCAAGCUAAAUCUUGCCACAUGGACAAAGGAAAAAGUUGCUCAAUCCUCUAUAACGGAUACCUUUAAUUUACCUUUGUCGUCAAAGCCUAAAAUAUUGGAAAGCAUUGCAGAUAUAAAUGAGGUGGAGGAAGAGAAACGAACAGCCAAGCAAACAAGUGAUGAACGAUCUCUGCUUCUGGGCAUGGUGGACAGACCAGAAGUCCUUGAAAGCGUGGGCGACAUUGCUGACGAAACUAUACCACAAACUUCCGAGGCCAAAGUCCAACAUGUCUUCGAUCAAGCCAUUGUAGUGGAUGCUUGUGAGGCAGCAGAAUCGGAAGGCGUUUUAGAAACUGAGAAGCCAGCUCUCCUUUCCACAUCUAAAGCGUCGAGUGUUCAACAACUAAUUCUGCCACUGGUGGAGGAGAUAAAAACUCAAGAAGCCACUCAAGAUGCUGCUGUCGUGGCACUUAGCACCAUCACAGCAACAUCAAAUAUUGAGGGAUCUCAAAAGGAAAUUGUGGUGACCGAAACACUGUGUCUGGAAAAGUCUGAGAAAUUAACAGAACCGAAGCAGAAUAUUGUCCAGGCAGCUAACACGAGUGUGGCGGAACACUUCAAAAUCACACAAACCGAAACCUUACAAGAUACGCUGCUCAAAGAGAUGAGAAUUAUAGAAGAUUUACCAAACGAGGAAAAACCAAAGACAUUUAUCGAAGGAAUGUUCCGCGAAACCAUUAGCACAAAACCUAUGGCUUUCGAAGAGGCAACACAUUUGGAAACGCCGCAAGUUUCCACAAACUUGGCUAAACCGCUGACACAGGAUGCAGUGAAUCAGUCUCUGAUGCAGCAACUUGAUACCGCAAUGCACAAGGAAACUGAACUUCAACCAUUCACAGAAGAAAAGUUACAGGCCAAGCCCAAACUACAGCCAACAAAUGAGGAACUGGUAAUAGAGGAAAUAAAGACUUUGGAAGAAGUAGAGAAAUUUGACACAUCACCUGCUCCGGAUCACAAGGCUCAAACUGCGUUUACGGACACUCCGACGAAAAUUCAAACAAUCAAUUCAACUAUUGUUUUGGAAAAAGAAUCUCAAAUGCCGUGUGAAAUGCCAAGGACCGAACUGGUCUUGGGAGCUACAAGAUCUCCAGAACAGCUGGAAAAAACGGUGUCCGAAGUUGUGACCUAUGAAGAAGCAGUUCCAAUCAAAGAUAUUCCAAAAGUGGACGAACAAAUAGCCUUAAUUUCAACAAAUGAGACAACGCAGCAAAUACCUCAAAUAUCGACAGAACACAUUUUUAACAAAGAAUCUCACAUGGAACCCUUCCACAUGGGACAAGAGAAGGCAGAUGUAGUUCAGGACAAACUCAAAGCCUUAAUAGCCGAAGAAAAUAUAGGCAUCAGCACCAUAACUGAAUCGUACGACUUUAAGAAGCAAACAGGGGUUUAUCCCAAAGUGGUGGAGGACAGUAGCAAACUUCAAGCUCAAACCGUUGAAGCCAUCAUUGCCUAUGAAGAUACGCCGAAGCUUGCAUCCUUGCCCCAAAUCUUCGAACAAGCCGUUAAAAUAGACUCGGAAAACAAGAAUUUGCUCCAAACCUCCACCGUUCAAAUAUACGAAAGUUUGGCAGAUGAAAGUGGCGAUUUUAAGCCUAAAACGGGUAGGACAACCUCAUCCAUUGCACUACCGGAACUGAAGGCCAGCAUCACUGAACAAAUCAUAACAGACACCGGCAUUGGUUCUGUACCACAGGAAGCUCCACAAAAGAGUCAUACCCAACCAAUCGAAACACCACUCAGCUCGGAAAAUCUAACCACCCAAACGGUUACCGCAUUCGAAAGCACACUAAAAAUGUCCGAAACAGAAGACACAAAACCACACCAAGCUCACAUUGCAUUGGCUGAAACCACACACCAGCUGGCGACAAAACUAGACCUAACAACCAGCCAAGAUGUAGCACAGAUGGCAUUGGAAACGCUACAAUUACAGCAACCUCUUGAAAAAAUCCACACACAGAGUAUGUAUCUCAAUGAAACCGAAACAAUUCCUACCGAAAAUACACACGCACUCGAACCACCACAAACCCCAAUGGCGCAGGAAGCCAAAGCAACUCCCAUUACACCCAAUCAAACAUACAGCACAAGCACUGUAGUCGCCUACGACCAAACAGAAACCAUAACAACACCCGAACUUCAGAACACCCAACCAAACACGAACAGACUUGAGGCCCACUGCGCAGCCCUCAACACCACACACGUCACUGGUGACACACUAACUCCCAUUUCCGAACAAUUGAAAACGACAACACACUCGGCCCGCACCAACAUUGAACCCACACAACCAAUGCACGAACUCUUCUCCCAACAAUUGCUAGAGAAAGAAACACAGCUACCCGAAAGCACAUUUCCUCAAAGCAAAUCACUUAUAGUUGGCUCCCAGCCAGAGCAGCUAUUGCAAACCGCUAUCACAAACACGGUUCACACUUCCACAGCCACGUCCAGAGACCACGAACUUCCACCAGAAAAGCCUUUAGCAAAUACUGUUCUUAAUAUUGUAAACUUUUCAGAAUAUCUCACAGCAGAUACCAUACAUUCUCAUCCACUCACAGAAAUUACAGAGUCACACGACGAUGUCGAUUCGUCAUCGAUCAAAACUCCCCAAACGCCAUACACGGUAACUGAGCUUUUCGAUACAACACAAACAUCAUCCCAACACACACCAUCCGAACACACAGAAACACACGAAAAAUCACAAGAACAAAUAACAGAGCUUCCCGAAGAAAUACGUGAAGUAGAAACAAUAGCAGAGGACGGCAAACCACGGAAGAAGAAGAUUCGCACCCGUGUAAUCAAGAAGAUCAGGGGUGGCAAACAGGAACUAACAAAGAUUGAAACCGUCGAAGAGGACAAUAAACCGACUGAAACUACUGUUACAAUUGAAGAGAACACGGUUGAUUCAACUGAAGAUCUGGUACAAGAACUCCCCGAAGAAGUACGCGUCUUCGAAACAGUGUCUGAAGAUGGCAAACCUAAAAAGAAAAAGAUCCGCACUCGUGUGAUCAAGAAGGUCAAGGGUGACAAGCAAGAAGUCACCAAGAUCGAAACUGUCGAAGAAGAUGACAAACAACCCAAAACCACAGUCACUGUCGAAGAGGUUCCAGUUGAGGAGAAACCUCAAGAAAUCCAAGAACUCCCUGAGGAAGUACGUGUCAUUGAGACAGUGUCCGAAGAUGGCAAACCUAAAAAGAAAAAGAUCCGCACUCGUGUGAUCAAGAAGGUCAAGGGUGACAAGCAAGAAGUCACCAAGAUCGAAACUGUCGAAGAAGAUGACAAACAACCCAAAACCACAGUCACUGUCGAAGAGGUUCCUGUUGAGGAGAAACCUCAAGAAAUCCAAGAACUCCCUGAGGAAGUACGUGUCAUUGAGACAGUGUCCGAAGAUGGCAAACCCAAGAAGAAGAAGAUCCGCACUCGUGUGAUCAAGAAGGUCAAGGGUGACAAGCAAGAAGUCACCAAGAUCGAGACUGUCGAAGAAGAUGACAAACAACCCGAAACCACAGUCACAGUCGAAGAGGUUCCAGUUGAGGAGAAACCUCAAGAAAUCCAAGAACUCCCUGAGGAGGUACAUGUCAUUGAGACAGUGUCCGAAGAUGGCAAACCCAAGAAGAAGAAGAUCCGCACUCGUGUGAUCAAGAAGGUCAAGGGUGACAAGCAAGAAGUCACCAAGAUCGAGACUGUCGAAGAAGAUGACAAACAACCCGAAACCACAGUCACAGUCGAAGAGGUUCCAGUUGAGGAGAAACCUCAAGAAAUCCAAGAACUCCCUGAGGAGGUACAUGUCAUUGAGACAGUGUCCGAAGAUGGUAAACCCAAGAAGAAAAAGAUCCGCACUCGUGUGAUCAAGAAGGUCAAGGGUGACAAGCAAGAAGUCACCAAGAUCGAAACUGUCGAAGAAGAUGAAAAGCAACCUGAAACCACAGUCACCGUCGAAGAGGUUCCAGUUGAGGAGAAACCUAAAGAAGUCCAAGAGUAUCCUGAAGAAGUACGUGUCAUUGAGACAGUGUCCGAAGAUGGCAAACCCAAGAAGAAGAAGAUCCGCACUCGUGUGAUCAAGAAGGUCAAGGGUGACAAGCAAGAAGUCACCAAGAUCGAAACUGUCGAAGAAGAUGACAAGCAACCUGAAACCACAGUCACUGUCGAAGAGGUUCCAGUUGAGGAGAAACCUAAAGAAGUCCAAGAAUAUCCUGAAGAAGUACGCGUCAUUGAGACAGUGUCCGAAGAUGGCAAACCCAAGAAGAAGAAGAUCCGCACUCGUGUGAUCAAGAAGGUCAAGGGUGACAAGCAAGAAGUCACCAAGAUCGAGACUGUCGAAGAAGAUGACAAACAACCCGAAACCACAGUCACAGUCGAAGAGGUUCCAGUUGAGGAGAAACCUCAAGAAGUCCAAGAACUUCCUGAAGAAGUACGUGUCAUUGAGACAGUGUCCGAAGAUGGCAAACCCAAGAAGAAGAAGAUCCGCACUCGUGUGAUCAAGAAAGUCAAGGGUGACAAGCAAGAAGUCACGAAGAUCGAGACUGUCGAAGAAGAUGACAAGAAACCUGAAACCACAGUCACUGUCGAAGAGGUUCCAGUUGAGGAGAAGCCUGAGGAAGUCCAAGAGCUUCCUGAAGAAGUACGCGUCAUUGAGACAGUGUCCGAAGAUGGUAAACCCAAGAAAAAGAAGAUCCGCACUCGUGUGAUCAAGAAGGUCAAGGGUGAUAAACAAGAAGUUACCAAGAUCGAGACUGUCGAAGAAGAUGACAAACAACCCGAAACAACUGUCACUGUCGAAGAGGUUCCAGUUGAAGAAAAACCUGAAGAAGUCCAAGAGCUUCCUGAAGAAGUACGUGUCAUUGAGACAGUGUCCGAAGAUGGUAAACCCAAGAAGAAGAAGAUCCGCACUCGUGUGAUCAAGAAGGUCAAGGGUGAUAAACAAGAAGUCACCAGAAUCGAGACCGUCGAAGAAGAUGACAAGCACCCUGAAACCAAAGUCACUGUCGAAGAGGUUCCAGUUGAGGAGAAACCUCAAGAAGUCGAAGAACUUCCUGAAGAAGUACGUGUCAUUGAGACAGUGUCCGAAGAUGGUAAACCCAAGAAGAAGAAGAUCCGCACUCGUGUGAUCAAGAAGGUCAAGGGUGAUAAACAAGAAGUCACCAAGAUCGAAACUGUCGAAGAAGAUGACAAACAACCUGAAACCACAGUCACUGUCGAGGAGGUUCCAGUUGAAGAGAAACCUGAAGAAGUCCAAGAGCUUCCUGAAGAAGUACGCGUCAUUGAGACAGUGUCCGAAGAUGGCAAACCCAAGAAAAGGAAAAUCCGCACUCGUGUGAUCAAAAAGGUCAAGGGUGACAAGCAAGAAGUCACCAAAAUCGAAACUGUCGAGGAAGAUGACAAACAACCCGAAACCACAGUCACUGUCGAGGAGGUUCCAGUUGAAGAGAAACCUGAAGAAGUCCAAGAGCUUCCUGAAGAAGUACGCGUCAUUGAGACAGUGUCCGAAGAUGGCAAACCCAAGAAGAAGAAGAUCCGCACUCGUGUGAUCAAAAAGGUCAAGGGUGACAAGCAAGAAGUCACCAAAAUCGAAACUGUCGAGGAAGAUGACAAACAACCCGAAACCACAGUCACUGUCGAGGAGGUUCCAGUUGAGGAGAAACCUAAAGAAGUCCAAGAGCUUCCUGAAGAGGUACGUGUCAUUGAGACAGUGUCCGAAGAUGGUAAACCCAAGAAGAAGAAGAUCCGCACCCGUGUGAUCAAGAAGGUCAAGGGUGAUAAACAAGAAGUCACCAAAAUCGAGACUGUCGAAGAAGAUGACAAGCACCCUGAAACCACAGUCACUGUCGAAGAGGUUCCAGUUGAGGAGAAACCUCAAGAAGUCCAAGAACUUCCUGAAGAAGUACGUGUCAUUGAGACAGUGUCCGAAGAUGGUAACCCCAAGAAGAAGAAGAUCCGCACUCGUGUGAUCAAGAAGGUCAAGGGUAAUAAACAAGAAGUCACCAAGAUCGAGACUGUCGAAGAAGAUGACAAACAACCCGAAACCACUGUCACUGUCGAAGAGGUUCCAGUUGAAGAGAAACCUGAAGAAGUCCAAGAGCUUCCUGAAGAAGUACGUGUCAUUGAGACAGUGUCCGAAGAUGGUAAGCCCAAGAAGAAGAAGAUACGCACUCGUGUGAUCAAGAAGGUCAAGGGUGACAAGCAAGAAGUCACCAAGAUCGAGACUAUCGAAGAAGAUGACAAACAACCUGAAACCACAGUCACUGUGGAAGAGGUUCCAGUUGAGGAGAAACCUGAAGAAGUCCAAGAGCUUCCUGAAGAAGUACAUGUCAUUGAGACAGUGUCCGAAGAUGGUAAACCCAAGAAGAAGAAGAUCCGCACUCGUGUAAUCAAGAAGGUCAAGGGUGAUAAACAAGAAGUCACCAAGAUCGAGACUGUCGAAGAAGAUGACAAACAACCUGAAACCACAGUCACUGUCGAAGAGGUUCCAGUUGAGGAGAUACCUGAAGAAAAACCAGAAGAAGUCCAAGAGCUUCCUGAAGAAGUACGUGUCUUUGAAACAGUGUCCGAAGAUGGCAAACCCAAGAAGAAGAAGAUCCGCACUCGUGUGAUCAAGAAGGUCAAGGGUGACAAGCAAGAAGUCACCAAGAUCGAAACUGUCGAAGAAGAUGACAAACAACCCGAAACUACAGUCACUGUGGAAGAGGUUCCAGUUGAGGAGAAACCUGAGGAAGUGCAAGAGCUUCCUGAAGAAGUACGUGUCAUUGAGACAGUGUCCGAAGAUGGUAAACCCAAGAAGAAGAAGAUCCGCACUCGUGUGAUCAAGAAGGUCAAGGGUGACAAGCAAGAAGUCAUCAAGAUCGAAACUGUCGAAGAAGAUGACAAACAACCCGAAACUACAGUCACUGUCGAAGAACUUCCGGUUGAGGAGAAACCAGAAGAAGUCCAAGAACUUCCUGAAGAAGUACGUGUCAUUGAGACAGUGUCCGAAGAUGGCAAACCCAAGAAGAAGAAGAUCCGCACUCGUGUGAUCAAGAAGGUCAAGGGUGACAAGCAAGAAGUCACCAAGAUCGAGACUGUCGAAGAAGAUGACAAGCAACCCGAAACCACAGUCACUGUCGAGGAGGUUCCAUUUGAGGAGAAACCUGAAGAAGUCCAAGAGCUUCCUGAAGAAGUACGUGUCAUUGAGACAGUGUCCGAAGAUGGUAAACCCAAGAAGAAGAAGAUCCGCACUCGUGUGAUCAAGAAGGUCAAGGGUGACAAGCAAGAAGUCACCAAGAUCGAGACUGUCGAAGAAGAUGACAAGCAACCCGAAACCACAGUCACUGUCGAGGAGGUUGCAGUUGAGGAGAAACCUGAAGAAGUUCAAGAGAUUCCUGAGGAAGUACGUGUCAUUGAGACAGUGUCGGAAGAUGGCAAACCCAAGAAGAAGAAGAUCCGCACUCGUGUGAUCAAGAAGGUCAAGGGUGACAAGCAAGAAGUCACCAAGAUCGAGACUGUCGAAGAAGAUGACAAGCAACCCGAAACCACAGUCACUGUCGAGGAGGUUCCAUUUGAGGAGAAACCUGAGGAAGUGCAAGAGCUUCCUGAAGAAGUACGUGUCAUUGAGACAUUGUCGGAAGAUGGCAAACCCAAGAAGAAGAAGAUCCGCACUCGUGUGAUCAAGAAGGUCAAGGGUGACAAGCAAGAAGUCACCAAGAUCGAAACUGUCGAAGAAGAUGACAAACAACCCGAAACUACAGUCACUGUGGAAGAGGUUCCAGUUGAGGAGAAACCUGAGGAAGUGCAAGAGCUUCCUGAAGAAGUACGUGUCAUUGAGACAGUGUCCGAAGAUGGUAAACCCAAGAAGAAGAAGAUCCGCACUCGUGUGAUCAAGAAGGUCAAGGGUGACAAGCAAGAAGUCAUCAAGAUCGAAACUGUCGAAGAAGAUGACAAACAACCCGAAACUACAGUCACUGUCGAAGAACUUCCGGUUGAGGAGAAACCAGAAGAAGUCCAAGAACUUCCUGAAGAAGUACGUGUCAUUGAGACAGUGUCCGAAGAUGGCAAACCCAAGAAGAAGAAGAUCCGCACUCGUGUGAUCAAGAAGGUCAAGGGUGACAAGCAAGAAGUCACCAAAAUCGAAACUGUCGAGGAAGAUGACAAGCAACCCGAAACCACAGUCACUGUCGAGGAGGUUCCAUUUGAGGAGAAACCUGAAGAAGUCCAAGAGCUUCCUGAAGAAGUACGUGUCAUUGAGACAGUGUCCGAAGAUGGUAAACCCAAGAAGAAGAAGAUCCGCACUCGUGUGAUCAAGAAGGUCAAGGGUGACAAGCAAGAAGUCACCAAGAUCGAGACUGUCGAAGAAGAUGACAAGCAACCCGAAACCACAGUCACUGUCGAGGAGGUUGCAGUUGAGGAGAAACCUGAAGAAGUUCAAGAGAUUCCUGAGGAAGUACGUGUCAUUGAGACAGUGUCGGAAGAUGGCAAACCCAAGAAGAAGAAGAUCCGCACUCGUGUGAUCAAGAAGGUCAAGGGUGACAAGCAAGAAGUCACCAAGAUCGAGACUGUCGAAGAAGAUGACAAGCAACCCGAAACCACAGUCACUGUCGAGGAGGUUCCAUUUGAGGAGAAACCAGAAGAAGUCCAAGAGCUUCCUGAAGAAGUACGUGUCAUUGAGACAGUGUCCGAAGAUGGUAAACCCAAGAAGAAGAAGAUCCGCACUCGUGUGAUCAAGAAGGUCAAGGGUGACAAGCAAGAAGUCACCAAGAUCGAGACUGUCGAAGAAGAUGACAAGCAACCCGAAACCACAGUCACUGUCGAGGAGGUUCCAGUUGAGGAGAAACCUGAAGAAGUCCAAGAGCUUCCUGAAGAAGUACGUGUCAUUGAGACAGUGUCCGAAGAUGGCAAACCCAAGAAGAAGAAGAUCCGCACUCGUGUGAUCAAGAAGGUCAAGGGUGACAAGCAAGAAGUCACCAAGAUCGAGACUGUCGAAGAAGAUGACAAGCAACCCGAAACCACAGUCACUGUCGAAGAGGUUCCAGUUGAGGAGAAACCUGAAGAAGUCCAAGAGCUUCCUGAAGAAGUACGUGUCAUUGAAACAGUGUCCGAAGAUGGUAAACCCAAGAAGAAGAAGAUCCGCACUCGUGUGAUCAAGAAGGUCAAGGGUGACAAGCAAGAAGUCACCAAGAUCGAAACUGUCGAAGAAGAUGACAAACAACCCGAAACUACAGUCACUGUCGAAGAACUUCCAGUUGAGGAGAAACCAGAAGAAGUCCAAGAACUUCCUGAAGAAGUACGUGUCAUUGAGACAGUGUCCGAAGAUGGUAAACCCAAGAAGAAGAAGAUCCGCACUCGUGUGAUCAAGAAGGUCAAGGGUGACAAGCAAGAAGUUACCAAGAUCGAGACUGUGGAAGAAGAUGACAAGCAACCCGAAACCACAGUCACUGUCGAGGAGGUUCCAGUUGAGGAGAAACCUGAAGAAGUCCAAGAGCUUCCUGAAGAAGUACGUGUCAUUGAGACAGUGUCCGAAGAUGGGAAACCCAAGAAGAAGAAGAUCCGCACUCGUGUGAUCAAGAAGGUCAAGGGUGACAAGCAAGAAGUCACCAAGAUCGAAACUGUCGAAGAAGAUGACAAACAACCCGAAACUACAGUCACUGUCGAAGAACUUCCAGCUGAGGAGAAACCAGAAGAAGUCCAAGAUCUUCCUGAAGAAGUACGUGUCAUUGAGACAGUGUCCGAAGAUGGUAAACCCAAGAAGAAGAAGAUCCGCACUCGUGUGAUCAAGAAGGUCAAGGGUGACAAGCAAGAAGUCACCAAGAUCGAGACUGUCGAAGAAGAUGAUAAACAACCCGAAACCACAGUCACUGUCGAGGAGGUUCCAGUUGAGGAGAAACCUGAAGAAGUCCAAGAGCUUCCUGAAGAAGUACGUGUCAUUGAGACAGUGUCGGAAGAUGGCAAACCCAAGAAGAAGAAGAUCCGCACUCGUGUGAUCAAGAAGGUCAAGGGUGACAAGCAAGAAGUCACCAAGAUCGAGACUGUCGAAGAAGAUGACAAGCAACCCGAAACCACAGUCACUGUCGAAGAGGUUCCAGUUGAGGAGAAACCUGAAGAAGUCCAAGAGCUUCCUGAAGAAGUACGUGUCAUUGAGACAGUGUCCGAAGAUGGCAAACCCAAGAAGAAGAAGAUCCGCACUCGUGUGAUCAAGAAGGUCAAGGGUGACAAGCAAGAAGUUACCAAGAUCGAGACUGUCGAAGAAGAUGACAAGCAACCCGAAACCACAGUCACUGUCGAAGAGGUUCCAGUUGAGGAGAAACCUGAAGAAGUCCAAGAGCUUCCUGAAGAAGUACGUGUCAUUGAGACAGUAUCCGAAGAUGGCAAACCUAAGAAGAAGAAGAUCCGUACUCGUGUGAUCAAGAAGGUCAAGGGCGACAAGCAAGAAGUCACCAAGAUCGAGACUGUCGAAGAAGAUGACAAGCAACCUGAAACCACAGUCACUGUCGAAGAGGUUGCAGUUGAGGAGAAACCUGAAGAACCGAUUAAGCUCAAGCGCGUUAUUCGCGUUAAACAGCCGGAUGAUGCAGAAACAAUUGUGGAGUUACCAGAGCAGAAGGCUGUAAUUAUGUCCCAAAAAGAAGACGGCACACCUACUAAGACUGUUGUUAAAACUAAAGUGAUCAAAAAAUUGAAGGGAGAUAAAAUGGAAAUUACGAAAAUCAGAACUGUUGAGGAAUUUGAAAAAGAACCUGUUACAACGGUCACUGUCGAAGACUUCAUUGAGCCAUUCCCAGAAUUAGAGGAAGAAAAGGUUGAGCCCGUUUUGCAACUACCCGAGGAAACUAUUACCGAAGACUACACUGACAAAGAAGGCACAACCAAAAUACGCAAGAUCAAGAAGAAAACUAUUAAGAAGUCUCUUGGUGACAAGGACGAAUUAACCGAAAUUCAGAUUGUUGAAGACGAAGGAGAAGAACCUAAGUAUAUUGUGACUGUUAAAGAAGUGGAGAAGGCCGACGUGCCGGAUGAAAAUGCUGUCGAAUCAUUAGAAUUGCCCAAACUAGAAACCGUUUUUGAAACCGAAUCUUCUGAUGGCAAGAAAACAAAGAAAACCGUAAAAACCAGAUCUUUCAAGAAACCGUUAGACAGUGAGACAGACGAACUGACGACAAUACAAAUAGUAGAAGACGACAAGGACGAGACUCCCGUUGCCACCGUCAACAUUAAAGAAAUAUCCGCCGACGAAUCGCCGACCGAAUCAGUCCCGAUUGUAGAGCUGCCUGAAGAGAUUAUUGAGUCACACGAUAUCGACGAGGAUGACAAGCCCAAGAAGAAAACGACACGCAAGCGUACAUUCAAGAAGGAUGUAUCGCCCGAACCCGAAUACUACCAAAUCCAAACAAUAGAGGAGGAGGGCAAGGAACCCUACUCCCUCAUACAGGUUGUAAGCGAAGGUGAACUUCACGACAUUAUCGAUAUCAGUCUUCUGGACGAUGAAAAGACUCCGAAGACCGAAACGAAAAUGCCAAAAUCUAAGAAGCCCAAGGAAGCUAAGCCGAUACCACAACAAGAGAAGACUACGGACGAAAAGCCCGUUUUCAUAACCACAUUCAAAUCAGUACAGAACGAAGACGGUGAAACUGUCAUUGAAACAGAAAGUAAGAAGGUUACCCAAGAGGAGGGAGUGCUUGUUGAAGAAGUGCUCAGUGAUACAGAACCGAUCAAAGAACAAGACGAAGCAGCGCCAUCACAACUCGAAAUUGUCGAAGUCAGCGAUGUAACAGACCAAGAAAACAAAGCAUACACUAUUACCGAACCAGAUGAUGUUAGCGAAGACACACCACAGACAACACCCCUCACCAAACCAAAGACACCAAAAACCAAGAAACCCACCAAAACAUUUGGUGUUAUCGACGAGCAGCCAGAAAUCGAACUGUUGCCCGAGGAAGUGGUGAAGAUUGUAAUGUCGCCUAGCGAAGAAGACAAGCAAGACGAUGAGCAGCGACCGGAGAGUGUCGAAGAGAAAACGACCACGGUCAAGAAACGCAAGAUUAAGAAAAAGCUUGGUGAUCAGGAACAAAUUAUCGAGGUCAUUACGACCCAAAAGCCCGGACAAGAGGAAGAGGUGACAGUAGUUGUAACCGAAGACGACAAGACAACCGAAGACCAGACCACUACCGAGGACUAUAAGGUUAGGGUAACGGACGGACAGACAGUGACGAAGACCAAAGAAAAGAAAACAACAAAACGCAAAACGUCGGUGUCCAAGAAGAAGGUUAACAAAGACGAUCUCUUCGAGUACAUUGAGUUCCUGAUUCAACAGGAGAUACCCAAGACCGUGUUGCAAGAGUACAAACGUACCGAACUGGAGCAGCCUCAACAGGCCCGUCGCGAUUCGUCAGUGGUGAAACCUCUCAAACUGGUACCCAUGAAGAUUGAAAAGGUUGAGCUCAAGAAAUCUCGUCCCAUUGAAAUCACUUCAGUGGCUGAAUUCCCACAAAUGCUCAAACUCAAAGCACCCAAACAAAAACCGGCCGAAGUUAAGCCCAAAAAGGAGAAGGUUCCGUUCAAGACCAAAAAGCUCAAGAGUUGGAUCAAUUUCAUACCUUACGCCCCGUACAAUUUCAAGUUCACAAUUACCGAACUGGAUACAAAGCGUGGUCGCGGUGAACUCUCGCGAAACAUUGAAGAGGCCCUGCUGCUGAUCAAGAAGCGUCCAAAGACAUUCAAACCGCUCGAAUUCGAAGAGGAAGAACUGGAAAAGCCCUCGUUCUACGAAGAGGAGGAGAUCAGCCAGCCCCAAGAAGAGCAGCCGCAACAAAAAUAUAAGCGGCCCAAGAAGCCCAAGAAAGAAACCGAACAACCUGAAGAACGUAAACUUAAACUUGGUAAGGGCAAAAUACCCACCGAACCCGAGUUCAGCGAAGAAGUUGUUCUUAAACCCAUUAGUGCCAAGAACGAUGAAGAAGAAACGCCAACCGAUACAGCCAACAUUCCUGAAACUACCCGGCCCAAGAAAAAGAAAUCAAAGAAACCCAGCGAUCAGGACACCGGUCUGACGUUCAUACCCCAAGAGUCUGAGGAUAAACCAGAAUCGGAAACAGAAUCGAUAUCCGAAGUUCUGGAGGUAAUUGAACACAAACCCGAAACAACUACCGAAGAUCAACUCGACGGUGAAAUCGCCAAGAGACCCAUAACCAAAAAGAAACGUAAACUUGUGCAAAAAACCACCAAUGCCGAACACGUUAUUGAGAUUGUCGAAACUCCGCUCGGCGAUACCACCGAUGAAAAGCUGUAUGAAAUCACCAUUACCACAACCGAAGCCGAAGGUGUGGAUCAACCGGAAAAAACGAUAGUCAAGAAAAAGAAAAAGGUCAAGACCAUGAAGCCACAAGAAAUCGAAGAACUGAUACAGGAGUUGCAAGAACAACCUGUCGACAAGACAUUCGAUGAACCCUGUUACGAGGUUUCUCUCAAGGAAUUGCCAGCCGAAAUCGUGAGCGAGGAAGAUGAACGAAAGGUAACCCAAACCAAACGUAAGAUCCGCCACAAAAAGGGUGAUAAGGAAGAAAUUAUUGAAAUAGUUGAAACCCAGCCCGACGACAAAGCCGAAGAACCUACGUACGAAGUUGUUGUAACAACAACUGAAGCAACCGCCCCCGAGGAGCAACCCGGCGAGGAGCAGCCUCCAACCAGGAGAAGAAUAAAGAAAAUGAAGAAACAUGAGUUGGACGAAUACAUUCAACAACUCAUUGAAGCAGAAAUUCCCAAAACUGAAUUGGAAAGAUUUGAAAAGUUGGAAUUCACCAAAACUCCGAAGAAGGUGAAGAAACCCAAAAAACAGGUCAAACAAGAAGAGCCCCAAACCGGCGAAGCUCAUGAAAUUGGUGUUUCUGAAUUUGAACCGGUCGAAAAGAAGCCCAAAGAGAAGAAACCCAAGCGUGCACCCAAACCGGCUGAGGCAGUAGAGGUUACCGAAACGCCAGAAAGCUAUGACGAACACUAUAUCAAGGUCAGCGACACUCAGCCAGAAGAAAGUGAACUUCUCGAACAGGAGACUGAACGUAUUCCCAUUGGUUUCAAGGAAACGACAGAGGAGAAGCCCCACCAACAAGAAGUUGUUGUUGAAGAAAUCACCGAACAAACUGAGACUAUUGUCCGAACGUCCGAAGAUGGUAAGGUCGAGGAAAAGACCAAAACCAAACGCAAGAUCAAGAAAAAGAUCGGUGACAAGACCUACGAAAUAACGGUUAUCGAUGAACAAUCCGAAGACCAGCCUGAGGUGGAACUUACUGUAAUAACCAAGGAAUUCAUGCCAGAGCAACCGGCUGAGACAAAGGAACCAGAGGAAGCUCCAAAGAAACCCAAGAAGAUAAAGAAAACAAUAAAGAAGGAAGAACUCGAUGAAUAUUUGGUGCGUAUUAUCAAUGAGCAGCCCGAAGCUUUUGAGUCCAUUGAAGAAAAGUUGGCAGAGAAACCAAAAUCGAAGAAGAAGAAGCCUCAAGAAGUGGAUGAAUCUAUAUUUGCCGUCAAGACCAUUGUCGAAGACUUGCCCGAAGAGGAGCAGACAAUUACUGAAGAAAAGCCCCAUGACCAAGUUGAAAAGAAGGAUAAAAAGCCAAAGACGCCCAAAUCAAAGAAGGUUAAGAUCUCUGAAUCUAUGGGCAAACAACCUGAAGAUGUGACCGAAGAAGUUGGUCUUGUAGAAAGUGAGGAAAAACCGCAAGAAGAACAACCAAAUGAAGACUUUACCAUCGGCAUAUCCGAAGCAGAGCAGCCAAAACAGAAACCCAAAUCAAAACGACCAAAGGCCAAGAAGCCCGAAGAGGUUAUCGAAGAGUAUACGGUGCGCAUUGAAGAAUUGCAGCCGGAAACCACCACCCACAUAAUUACCGAUGAAAGGGGCGAGGAGGUCAAACAAACCAUCACCAAAAAGAAACUCAAAAAGAAGGAGGGAUCCAAGGAAUAUCUGAUCGAAAUUGUGGAAUCCUAUGUUGAAAACAAACCCGAGGCUGAUGUUGAAAUCAUAACCACCGAAUUGUUGACGGAAGACACCCCUGAAGACAUGCCCACCGAGCCCAUUAAGAUUAAGAAGUUCAAAAAGAAGCCCAAGUCCCAAGACGAUUAUGAUGCCUACAUUCAAGAGCUAAUAGAAAGAGAAAUACCGAAGACAGAACUUGAAGAAUACGAAGUUACCGAAGUGGAGGGCAAGCGUAAGAAGAAACCGAAAACGGUUAAAAAGCAUCACAAAAAGACGACUGAAAUUAUUGAUGGAGUUCCUGUAACGGUUCAUGAAUUCGACGUGAAAGAAGUCGUACCCCAAGAAGUGGAACAACCUGAAAAACCAGUUGAAGUAAUUGAGGAGGAACAACCGGAGACACAAGAAACUCCCGAUGACUUCCGAUUUGCCAUGAAGGAAGAAGAACCCCAAGAUGCUGCCGCACCAGAUGACAUUGUGCAGGUGAAGGAAAGCAAACCGAAACCCAAGAAGACCAAACCCUCUAAAGUAAAGGUAACCGAAGAACGAGCUCCCGUGGAGGUCGAAGAACUUGACCAGAUCACAGAAGUUGUGGAACAGCCCAACGAAGAAGGCGAAGCCAAAAAGAGAACUGUUACCAAACGCCGUGUGAAGACUAAAACGGGACCAGAAGAAAAACUCUUCGAAAUUUCCCAAGUUGUUGAAGAUGAUCAGCCAACUGCUGAAAUUACCAUAGUGGAAAUUACGGAAUCUGAAGAGACUCCUGAAGAACUGCCCGAAGUUGUGAUGAAACCGAUUAAGAAGGUCAAGAAAAUGCCCAAGGAACAAAUUCAAGAAUUUGUUGUCAAGGUAAUCGAAGAAUAUGUAACGCCCACUGUAUACGCUGUUGAAGAAGAACAACCAGUAACGGUCGCGGAGGUAGAACAACGUACGGAAACCGUAGAAGAACGCACCGAAACUGGCGAGGUCAAGAAGAAGACCGUCACUAAGCGCAAGGUGAAAACCAAGGCUGGACCCGAAGAAAAGGUCUUUGAAAUUACAGAAAUUACUCAUGACGACCAACCCACCAGCGAAGUUACAAUUGUCGAAAUGGCCGAAUCUAUGCCCGAAGACAAACCAAAACCUAAGGACAAGAAACAUGUUACAAAAACAAAACGUGUUCCCGUCGAUGAAAUACAAGAGUUUGUCAUCAAUGUCCUGGAAGAGUAUGUCGCUCCCACAGUAUUCGAGGAAGAAAAACCAGUUGAAGUUGAGGAAAUCUCUCAAGUAACCGAAAUUAUCGAAGAACCUAAAGAGAGCGGUGAGGUCAAGAAGAAAACAGUUACCAAGCGCAAGAUUAAAACUAAGUCAGGCCCAGAAGAAAAGAUCUUUGAAAUCUCCGAGGUAACCGAAGACGAUAAGCCAAACGCUGAAGUAACCAUUGUGGAAAUUACCGAAUCAGAGGUCACGCCUGAGGAAAAGAUUGAAGAAAUUAAGCCGGUGAAGAAGAGCAAAAAGGUGCCCAAGGAGCAAAUCAAGGAGUUUGUUAUUAACGUUAUUGAAGAAUACGUCACACCCACCGUCUUCGAAGUGGAAGAAGAUGAAGAAGAUGAGAAAGAAAAACCAGAGGUCAAGGUUGAAGAAAUCUCCGAAAUUACUGAAAUUUUGGAACAACCCAAAGACAAUGGAGAAGUAAAGAAGAAGACCGUCACCAAACGCAAGAUAAAAACCAAAGCUGGUCCCGAAGAAAAGGUCUUCGAAAUUUCCGAGGUAACUGAAGACGAUAGGCCAAAUGCCGAAGUGACCAUUGUCGAAAUUACUGAAUCAGAGGUCAAACCUGUGGAACCGAUUGAGGAAAUUAAGCCGGUGAAGAAGAGCAAAAAGGUUCCCAAAGAACAAAUCAAGGAGUUCAUCAUCAAUGUUAUUGAGGAAUAUGUAACGCCUACAGUCUUCGAAACGGAUGAAGAAGAAAAACCAGAGGUCAAGGUUGAAGAUAUUUCCGAAACAACUGUAGUUCAAGAACAAUCUACCGACAAUGGGGAAAUAAAGAAGAAGACCGUCACCAAACGCAAGAUAAAAACCAAAGCUGGUGCCGAAGAAAAGGUCUUCGAAAUUUCUGAAGUAAUUGAGGACGAUAAGCCAAAUGCCGAAGUGACCAUUGUCGAAAUAGCCGAAUCAGAGGUAAAACCCGUGGAAACGAUUGAAGAAAUUAAACCGGUGAAGAAGAGCAAAAAGGUUCCCAAAGAGCAAAUCAAGGAGUUCAUCAUCAAUGUUAUUGAGGAAUAUGUAACGCCUACGCUCUUCGAAGAAGAAGAGGACAAACCAAAACCGAAACCCAAGAAAUCCAAACCUACCAAGGUUCAGGAGACUGAAGCAGAGGAGCAAACACACGAAGAGAAGCCAGAAAAACGUAAACCCAAGGAAAAGAAACCAAAGGCUACCAAAGAGGAACCCACACAGCUCAAAGAAUAUUCGGUGCGUAUUGAGGAACUGCAACCCGAGGUUAUUACCCAAGACAUUGUGGAUGAAAACGGCGAAGAAGUCAAACAGGUUGUCACGAAGAGAAAACUCAAAAAGAAAGAGGGUGACAAGGAAUACCUAAUUGAAAUUGUGGAAUCGUAUGUGGAAAACAAGCCUGAAACAGAAGUGGAAAUUACUACCACCGAGCUGGUACCCGAAGAGCGCCCGGAAGAAGAGAAACCACAACCAGUUAAGGUAAAGAAGAUCAAAAAGAAGACAUCACCCCACGAUGAUCACGACGCCUACAUUCAACAACUUAUUGACCAGGAAAUUUCCAAAACACAGCUGGAAGAGUUUGAGACCAUGGAGUUCGAAAGCACACCAAAGACGAAACCAAAAACGGUUAAGAAACACCACAAGAAGACCACCAAAAUAGUUGAAGGCGUUCCGGUGACAGUUCAUGAGUUUGACAUACAGGAACUAACACCACAGGAAGAAGAAUACGUCGACAAACCCAUAGAAGUGAUUGAGGAAGACGUAGAGAAACCACAAGAGCAAAUAGCUGAAGACUAUGAGAUUUCCUACAAGGAGGAUCAAGAUCGGCCAGAAGAAAAGCCUGUCACCGAAGAUGUGGUUGAAUUUAAAGAAGACAAACCCAGCAAACCUAAAAAGCCUAAGAAGCAAAAGGUUGACGUGAGGGAGGAGCAGCCGGUACUUGUUGAGGAACUGGAACAGGUCACUGUGACCGUUGAAGAAACCAAUGACAAGGGCGAACUGAAACCAAAGACAAUCACAAAACGCAAAUUGAAGACGAAGACGGGUCCCGAAGAAAAGAUCUUUGAAGUUUCCGAAGUCAAGGAAGAGGAUCAGCCCACAAGCGAAGUGACAAUCGUUGAAAUCACUGAAAUCGAAGAGGCUAACGAAGAACAGCCUGAACAACCAAAAGAAAAGAAGGUCGUUAAGAAGGUCAAGAGGGUUCCCAAGGAGCAAUUGGAAGACUAUAUUGUGAAUGUCAUUGAAGAAUAUGUCCAACAAGAGCCGAUUGAGAAAGAAGCAGCUCCCGAAGCUCCCACGGAAACAACUGAAGAAAAACCUGUUGAAAAGGCCAAGAAACCCAAAAAACAGAAGGUUGCCGUAAAAGAAGAGCCACAACCUGAGGUGGUGGAAAGCAAAGAACAAGAACAACCCGAAGAAUCUGAGGUAUUCGAAAAGAAACAACCUCAAACUCAAGAAUCGUAUGAAAUUUCCAUCGAAGAGGGACGGGCCGAACAAACCGUUGAAGAAAAGGAUGUUCCCAAGAAACCAAAGAAGUCGAAAUCUAAAAUGCCUCAGAAGUCUGAGGACCAUAAGUCGUAUACCAUUAAAAUGUCUUCACUCGAUGAGGCUCCCCAACCAGAGGAAGAAAUCGAGGAAAUUCCCACAAUUAAAGAAAUUCCCCAAGAGCCCUCACACGAAGAGUUGCCAAUCUCCAUUGUUGAGGUCGAACGUAAGGAAGAGGAGCAUGAGGUUGUAAAUGAAAAGGGUGAAGUUGAAAAGGAGAAAGUCACCAAACGUAAAAUCAAGAAACAAGUGGGCGACAAGCAGGAGAUCAUCGAAAUUGUGGAAACUCAGAAGGGCGACGAACAACCAGUGGCUGAGGUAACGGUCAUAACAUCAGAGGCCGAACCGGUUAAGGAAGCCGACAAACCCAUCGAAGGUAAACCCUCCAAACCCAAGAAGACCAAAAAGGUCAAGAAGGACGAUUUGGACGAAUACAUUAGGAAACUCAUUGAACAGGAUAUACCUAAGACUGAGCUGGAGAAAUACGAGAAGAUAGAAAUCGACGCUCCAGUCAAAUUGAAAAAGAAACCAAAACAAUUAGUGCGUGAGAAGCCCAAGACUGCCAAGCUUGAAGACAAGCCGCAAGAGGAGGCCGAAGAAGUCCGUGAAAUUGCUAUUGAGGAGGCCCAACCUAAAGAAAAGCCCGACGAGUAUCCUGUACGUGUGGUGGAACUUGAAAGCCAAAAGGAAGAGGUUCAAAUUGUUGACGAUUCCGGUGACGUCAAGACCCAGAAGAUAACUAAACGCAAAAUUAAGAAACAGGUUGGCCCCAAGGAGGAGAUUAUUGAAAUUGUUGAAAAACAAGUUGACGACGAAGAGCCUGUGGCGGAAAUAACGGUAACGGCUGUCGAGCCAGAAACCGUUGAAGAAGAACAACCCAAGGAGGAUCAACCCAAGAAGCCAAAGAAAUCCAAGAAGAUUCCCAAAGAUGAGUUACAAGAUUAUAUCCAGAAACUCAUUGAAGAAGAUAUACCCAAGACGGAAUUGGAAACCUAUGAAAAGAUUGACAUCGAGAAACCAAUAAAACUAAAGAAGAAACCCACACAUAAAGUGAAGAAGACCGAAGAAGCACCGAAAGAAGAAGCAACCCCCGCUGUUGAAGAAGUUGAGCUGAGCGAAGAACAGCCCGAACAAAAGGAAACGCCUGAGGAUAUCUUUAAGGUAACGGUCGAGGUUAAGGAAGAUGAAACUCCGGAAGUAGAGAAGCCUCUCGAAAUGACUAUUGAAGAAACCGAUGUGAAGAAAGAAAAGAAAAAGAAACUAAAGGUCAAACCUGUAGAAGAGCAAAAACCACAACAACCCGAAGAACAGUCUGAGGAAGAGCAGAAGAUUAUUGUAGAGGAAUCCACGCCACAGACAGACACAAGAGAAUACGAAAUUAAAGAUGUGCCCGAAGAAGAAGUAAAACCCAAGGUCACUCCCAAGAAGCCCAAGGAAAAGAAACCCAAAGUCGAAGCAGAAAAACCUGACGAGAGUCCUCAAUUUGAAAUUGCUGUUAAGGAAACAUCUCCGAUCCCCGAAGAACCUGAACCCUUCAAGAUCGAGGUGGUGGAAACACAUACCGAAGAAGUUGAAAAGGUCAACGACGAGGGCAUUGUGGAAAAACAAACCGUGACUAAACGCAAGAUUAAACGCCAACAAGGUCCCAAAGAAGAUAUAAUCGAAAUUGUAGAGAUCAAGACGGACGAUCAACCCGAGGUUGAAGUCACCAUUCUGGAAUCUGAACCGCAAGAAGAGACGACAGAGGACAAACCUAGGACACCCAAAAAGAAGACCAAAAAGGUUAAAAAGGACGAUCUCUACGACUAUAUACAAAAACUCAUUGAACAGGAUAUACCCAAGACUGCAUUGGAAAAAUACGCUAAAAUUGAGUUCGAACCUAGACCUAAAAAUGCCACUGAGGAUGAUUAUCCAAUCGAAAUGAAGGAGGAGCAACCCUCUGAAGAGGAAAAGCCCAAAAAGAAACCAAAGACCAAAAAACCCAAGGAAUCGCCAGAACAACCUGAGCAACCUUCGGCCGAAAUAAGAAUUGUGGAAGAAGAGGUUGAAGAAAAACAACCCUUGCCCGUUGUCGAAGUGGUCGAGAGCGAACCGAUUGAAGUGCAUGUCGAAGAGGUGCCCGACGAUCAGGGCAAACCCAAACAAAAGACCACUAAGAAACGUACCCUCACCAAAAAGGUUGACGACGAAAAAGACUCGACCAUACACGUGGUCACCGUACACGAAGAGGACAGUAAUGAGGUAACCCUCAUCAUUGACGAAGUGCCCAUUGACGAGCCAGUUGUUGAGGAAACGGAACCGGUUCUUCCUUCUGAAGAACCCAAACCGGUCAAGAAACCGAAGAAGAUCAUUAAGAAGGUAAAGAAAGACGAAGUGGACGACUACAUACAGAGACUGAUUGACGAAGAAAUACCCAAGACAACUCUUGAACAGUACGAAAAAAUAGAAAUGCCUGAAAAGACCAAACCGACAGACGAGACACCUCAGGACGACGUUAAAGAAAAGCCCAAAAAAGAGAAAAAGAAACCACUUAAACCUACUAAAGUUGAGGAGAAACCCGACGAGAAACCGGAAGAAGACACUUUACACGAAUUUAGUAUCACAGAAACAAAACACACAGAAACACAACCCACCACCACCACCGAAGAACAACCAAAACAGAUCGAGGAUCUGGAACAAACAGAAACACCCGAAUCUCACAAGGUCACCACCACUGUCACAGAAGAUAUUGCACCCGAUACUAAGACCACCACCAAACACAAAACCAAACCCAAAAAGCAAACAAGUGAAGCUCCAAUUGUUCAUCAAGACUAUGCCAUCAACGUUAUUGAGGAGUUACCCGAAGAGAAGGAGGAGCCGGUCGAAGAUGUGAUACAUCAAAUCCGCACUAUUGAGGAAUACCCCGAAGAUAAGGACGAAUCACAUCCCAUCGAAGUUAUUGAAGAGGUGGUUGAAGAAACAAAGGAGGACGAAACACCGGAAGAUGCCGGCAAGCCGAAGAAGACCAAAAAGAAGGUUAUACGCAAAAAGACCGAAGACCAUGAUGCCAUUAUUCAAAAACUCUUGGAACAAGAAAUCGAAAAGACCGAACUGGAGAAGUUCGAAAAGAUUGAAUUUGAAAAGCCCAAGAAGAUCAAGCCUGAAGCUGAAUUAUUGGAACCCAUCAAAAUCGUGCGCCGCGAUCAAAAGCCCAAGAAGGUGGUCAUAGUCGACGCCGCUGAGGUUCCGCAAAUGAUUAAAUUGAAACCAUCGAAACGCAAGGAACGCCCAGUUGAGGAGCAAACCGUACAACUUCCCGCCUUCAAGCUAAAGAGUCGCAUGGUCAUGGUUCAAUAUCCACCAGAGCUUCUGAAACCAGUGAUAACGGAAAUCGGUGCUGUCAAGGAAGUUGGUGAGCUAUCGCGCAACAUUGAAGAAGCCGAAGAACUACUGAAAUUCAAGCCACGCAAGGUCAAAAAGUUGAAGAAGAUCAAGGACGACCUGGAAAAGGUCGAAUUGGAGAAAUACGAAAAGUAUGUCAGCAGCGAAGAAGAGCCGGAGGCCAAGGAACCCUACAAGAAACCCGAAAAGCCGUCCAAGGUGGAAGAAAAACCCGAAGAGGUUAAGCUUAAACUUGGCAAGGGCAAAAAGAAGCCACUGGAGGAGGAACAACCAGAAUCUGUUAGUCUUAAGAAAAUUCCACAAAAGCCCAAACCCGAAGAAGAAGUCUUGGAAGAAAAGACCAUAAAGAAACACAAAGUAGUUGUGAAGGAGGAAGAACCUCAACCUGAAGAGCCCAAGUAUGAAAUGAAGCCACUUGAACCUCUUGAAUUUGAGGACAUUGAACACCCUAAGGAGGUACUGGAACCAUUGGAAUUCCCCGAAGCUCCCAAGAAGGACAAGAAGGUACCCAAAACCAAGCCCAAGUCGAAACCCAAGCCAAAGCCAGAACAAGAAAUGAAUGUCACUGAAAUUGUGCCCGGCAAACCAAAGGAACCAGAAGAACAACCAGAGGAAGCGGUUAAAUUCCGUAUCCCAGAAAGUAAACCCGAAGAGGAACCCACAGCUGAGGUAAAAUUAAAGCCUGUCAGGAAAGAGGAAGUGCCCGAAACUCCAGUCGAACUACCAGUAAAAAUGGUUCCUGAGGAGCAGCCUAAAGAAAAAUCACCAUCGCCUGUUGUUGAAGUCAAGGAAGAGAAACCCAAAAAGCCCAAAACCAAGAAGGAAAAACCAAAGCAGGCAGAAGUUGUCGAAGAGAAACCGCAACCUGAGUUCGAGGUAGCCGUCCAGGAAGAAAUUGUACAAGAGGAGAAGCCUAUCGAAGAAAAGGUCGACAAAGUUAAAAUCAAAAAGAAGGUGCCCAAAGAAAAACCUCAAGAGGAGGUUAAGGUUGUCGAAGAGGAGGUUGACCAGCCAAAGGAGCCCGAAGAAAUUCCCACGGAAUACAAGAUAACCACCACUGUCAUUGAGCCUGAAGAGGUUCCAGAGGCGUACAAGGUGCGUGUCGUAGAUACCGACGAAAAACAAGUUACUGUCGAGGAACUGGUCGAGGAGAAGACUGUCAUUCGCAGAAAGAAAGUUAAGCCAACUGUACCCGAAGAGUAUGAAUAUACUGUUGAAGAACCUCAACCUGAGCCAGUUGUUGAAGAAGAACCUUCAGAAGAGGUAACCUUCGAAGUGAAGAAACCUGAACCUCAACCAAUAUCUGAAGAAGUAACCAUUGUUGAAACUGUAGAACAGCCCAAGCAGGAAGAAACAGUUGAAGAACAGGUAGUUAAGAAGAAGAAACCAAAGAAGAAGGUUACUACAGAGGAGGAGGCCAAUGUCGAGAUUAAACACGAGGCACCUGAGGAGAAACCUAUUGAGGAGGUCGUCGUUGAGGAACCAAUUGAAGAAACGGUCGAAGAGCCAAAACCACAAGUUUAUGAUAUAACUGUCAAGGAAACCGAAGCUGUGGAACCAGUUCCAGAAGUAGUUGAGGAGGUGGUCGAAGAAAAACCCAAACCCAAGCCAAAACCAAAGAAGGUAGCUGAAGUAUUCCCCAGUUAUGAAAUCAAGACUAUUGAAACAGAGGCCGAAAAACCAGUGGCUGUCGAAGAAGAACAACCCGAAGAAGUGCAGUUCUCUGUGAAACCCAAGAGACCGGUUGAACUCCAUGAAGAGUUUGAAGCUUCCGUUUCAUUAACCGAACCUAAACCCGUCGAGCAGAUCGAAGUUGAAACGAAAUUGAAGGCCAAGAAACCCAAGAAACCAAAGAAGGUAGAAGAGGAAUCGACUCAAUUGGAGGUAAAGAUCACCGAAACAGAGGAGAAACCUGUCGAAGAGGAAAUUGUGGAAGAAGAACCCAAACCGGUGGAAGUAAUCGAACAUAAACCGGUCGAGGAACAGCCACAAGAAUUCAAGAUAAAGGUAUCCGAAGAACAGGUGGUUCAAGAAGAAGAAGAACCACAGGUUGUUGAGGUUGCCAUUAAACCCAAAAAGGUUGUGGAGAAACCCGCGGAAGAACCAGAUGCAGAAUUUGUUCUCACCGAAAGCAAACCCAUCGAAGAAGUUACCGAAGAAGCUCGCAUCAAAACCAAGAAGACAAAGAAGAAGCCCAAGGAAGAAGCAGCAGCUGAGCUUAAGGUAACGGUUACCGAGGAAGCCCCUGUUGAGCAAGAGGAAGUGGUGGAAGAAGUUGCCGAAGUCACAACUAUUGUUGAGGAGAAACCCGCGGAGAAGCCUAAAGAGUACAAAUUUAAGGUUAAGGAGUCUCAAGUGCCGAAAGAAGAAAAGGUUGAGGAGAUUCCCGAAGUGCCUAAGCCUCGUGAGAAGUCAGUACCUAAGGAAGAGGCUCCCGUGGAAGAAGUCAAGGUAGUUACCACAGUACCCACUGAAGAGCCUAUUCAGGAAGAAACUAAAACGGUUAAAAAGAAGACGAAGAAGCCCAAAGAGGAAGUACCCAAAGAGCACGCCAUUAAAGUGGUGGAAGAAGUCGUUCAGAAACCAGCCGAAGUUGUGGAAGAGCAACCCGUGGAAGAAGUUCCCGCAGAAGAAAAACCUGAAGAGCAAUAUCCUGAACACAAGGUAAAGAUCCUCGAAGAAACCCCACAAUUUAUAACCGAAGAAGAGGAGCAACAGGAGGUGAAAGUAAUCCGCAGAAAGAAACCAAAGGCUACAGAAGAGCCCGAAGAGCAGGUGGUCCUGGCACCUCAAAAGCCAGUCGAGGAUGUCGAAGAAACUAAGAUAGUUAAAAAGAAACCCAAAAAGCCUGUCGUCGAAGAAGCUCAAGCUGAACUCAAGGUCACUGUGGUCGAAGAAUCCCCCGAAGAGAAGCCCGAGGUUGUAGAAAUCGUCGAAGAAGAGGAGAUUAAGGAGUUGCCCAAGGUCGAAGAGGUUAUUGAAGAGUACCCCGAACACAAGGUUAGAAUUAUUGAAGAAUCACCACAGUUUGUAACCGAAGAAGAGGAGCAGCAAGAGGUGAAAGUCAUACGCAGAAAGAAACCGAAGGUCACUGAAGUACCCGAAGAACCCGAAGAGCAAGUGGUUCUUGCUCCUCAACAAAAACCAGUCGAGGAUGUUGAGGAGACAACGGUCAUUAAAAAGAAACCCAAAAAGCCUGUCAUCGAAGAAGCGCAGGCUGAACUUAAGGUGACUGUAGUCGAAGAACAGCCCGACGAACAACCUCAAAUUGUCGAAAUCGUUGAAGAAGAGGAAAUUAAAGAACUGCCCAAGGUCGAAGAAGUUGUUGAAGAGGCCCCAGUAACCUAUGGAUUCUCUGUGAAAGAAACUGAACCCGAAAAGGUCGACGAAACACCAGAGGAAGUUUUCCAAUUGCCAAAGAAGAAGCCAAGCCUCAAAGAAGAGCCAGAGGAGCAGGUAACAUUGGUAACCAAAAAACCUACUCAAGAAGUUUCCGAGGAGGUUAGCAUUAAAAAGAAGACCAAGAAACCAAAGAAAACUGAAGAAGUGGCAGUGGAGCAAACCGUAAAGGUGGAGGAAGAAGUACCACAAACCGAGGAGGUUCAUGUCAUUGAAGAAGUGGAAGAAAUCGAAGAAAAGCCUCAAGUGGUAGAAGAAGUGCCCAAAGUAGUUGAGAUCACCGAAAGUGAAGUCAAGGAAGUGAAGCACAAGGAAUACAAAUUCGGUGUCAUUGAAACUGAACCAGAAGAAGCUCCAAAGGAAGAGGUGGUCGAAGAAGAAGUUACAGUAGCCAAAAAGCCUAAAGUUCCUAAGCCAGAGGUUACAGAAGAACCUGAAGUGGAGGUUACAUUAAAACCUCAACCCAAGGAAGAACAGGUGCCGGAAGAAACCGCUGUGGUUAAGAAGAAAUCUAAACCCAAGCCUAAAGAGGAAGCUGCCGCCGAACUUAAGGUACAGGUAAUUGAAGAAGUUGCUCCCGAGCCAGAGGUUGUUGAAGAAAUUGAAGAGGUGGCAGUGGUUAAAAAGAAGCCCAAGAAACCCGUACAAGUGGAAGAAAUUGACGAAGGAGAUGUUGUACUCAAGAGACCAAAGGCCAAGACCGAAGAGGUAGAAGAGGAGGUAACACAGGUUACAUUGAAACCCAAGAAGACACCCAAGGUCGAGGAAGAAGACUUUGCACUUGAAGUAAAAUUGCCAAUGGAAAAACCAAUAGCCCAAGAAGAAACCUCGGAAGAGACUGUCCAACUUAAGAAGAAGAAGAAGCCUGUGAAACCGCUAGAGGAAGCUUCAGACGAACUCGUCAUUAAAAAGGAAGCUGUUGUAGAAAGGCCGAUAGAAAUCGAAGAAGAGGAAAUCAUUGAAGAGGCCCUGGUGAAACGAAGAAAGCCAUCCAAACCCUUCGAGCCUACGUACGAAGAGCAUUCUGAGGAGGAAGUCAGCUUGGCCUUGAAGAAACCAAAACAGGUGGAUGCUGGUGUCAGUGAAGAGGCAACCGUUGUUAAGAAGCGGCCAAAGAAACCUCCAACUCAUGAUGAGGCGGCCGCUGAGCUCCACAUUGUACAGAAACCCGAAGUGGAAGAGGUGCAGGAGGAAGUGGAGGAAAUCGAUGAAGUUGUAAUAAAACCCAAGUCCAAACCCAAGCCAAAGCCUCAACAAGUCACCGAAGAGGAAGAACAAGAAUUCACAAUUAAGAAGGAACCUAAGAAGAAGGAAGAAAUUCCAGAAUUCACUGGUGUAGAAACCGUCACCUUGCGUCCCAAGAAACCCAAGAAGACCACCGAAGAAGUUGAUCAAGAAUUCAAUAUUGCUUUGGAUUCCUAUGCCGAAGAAGAAAUUUCCAUGGGCAGCAAGAUCAAGCUGAAGAAACCGAUUAAGAAGACAUACGGCGAGGAAGCGGGCGAGGCCAGCAUUAAGAUAAUGAAGGACUACGACGAUGGCAAUGCUGUGAUCAUUGAAGAGAUCCACGACGACACCGACAUUGAGGAGGACAUCUUCGACGAAGAAGCCGACGCGUAUCAAGUCGAAGAACUGCCACUCGACGAAGUCGAUAUUAAGAGAAAGAAGAAGGUAUCGUCCAAACCCAGAUAUUCCAUCCACAACGAAGAUGAAGAGCAGGUCUUGAUUGGCUUUGCCCGUCCCAAGAGUGAUUCGGUAACCUAUGAAGAAGACACCUUCACGUUGAAGAAGAAAAAGAAGCUCGUCGCCCAGGUCUACAACGAAGAGGGAGCUUCUUUGAAUAUUACCCGUGUUAUGGAUGUCGAUGAAUCCGGUGAGGAGAAUGUUAUGUUCUCCAUUUGCACCUACAUUGCCGAUACCGAUGAGGCCAUCAACCUGGUUGAAGGCGAAAAGGUCUAUGUUAUUGGUCGCCACAGUUCCGAAUGGUGGUUUGUCAAGAAGAGCACAACCGAAGAAGAAGGCUGGGUACCAGCUCAAUACCUCAUGGAGCCCAACGAAUAUGUUCAAUAUGUGCAAAAGAAACUGCACGAGAAAAUUGACAAGCUACCCGUAUUUGAAAGACCUGGACCCGAAGAGAAACCAAUUGCGCCCAAGUUCAUCCAACAGUUACAACCCAUACACACACCGGAAGGUUACACCAUUCAAUUGGAGUGCAAGGUCGAGGGUGUGCCUCGUCCCCAGAUCACAUGGUUCCGAGAGACGGCCGUGAUCAAACCAUCACAGGACUUCCAAAUAUUCUACGACGAUGACAAUGUGGCUACCUUGGUCAUAAGUCAGGUGUUUGCCGAAGAUGCUGGCAAAUACACUUGUGUUGCCAAAAACGUGGCCGGCUUCACGUCAACAACAACGGAGGUGACGGUAGAAACGGUUGUCUCCGAAAACGCCUCUGAACGCAAGAGCAUCUCGCGAGAAUCGUCCUUGGCCGACAUUCUCGAAGGCAUACCACCAACAUUCUCACGUAAACCUAAGGCCCAAUAUGUGGACGAAGAUUCGGAUGUGGUCUUGGAAUGCCGUCUGGUCGCUGUACCCGAACCGGAUAUUGUAUGGACCUACAAUGAUGAGGAGAUCGAUUCGAAAGUCAUCAAGAAUGUUACCGUCGUUACGGAAUCCGACAUGCACAUGUACUGUACCGUGGUGCACAUUAAGAAGGUCAAGAAGUCACAAGAAGGUACCUAUGAGGUCAUUGCUACCAAUCGGGAGGGCGAAGCCAGACUACCAAUCAAACUAAAGGUGCGCACCAAGGACAAGGAAGCGCCCCACAUUUUAGAACCGUUGCGCAAUAUGGUUAUUCGUGAGGGUGAAAGCGUCGUCCUGACCACUCAGAUUGUAGGCAACCCAGCUCCAAAGGUUACCUGGUACCGUAACGGCAAGCCUGUGAAGAAGGGUGACAUUAAAUCUGAAAAUGGCGUUCACACCUUGACUUUGAUUUCGCCCAAAUGUGAAGAGGCUGGCGAAUACACAGUUAAGGCUGAAAAUCCUCUGGGAAGUGUAGAGACGACAGCCAACCUGACAAUCGAAGAACCACCCAGCGACAAUGGAGAACCUCCAUUCUUUGUUGAACGCUUCGAGGAGCAAAUCGUUAAGCCCAAGAGCACCAUACGCCUUGUGGCUAAGGUAUCUGGCAACCCAGUACCCGAAGUCGCAUGGCUCUUCAACAAUAGUCCCCUGCAACCCGAUGACCGGAUACAGCAGCGCUAUGAUGGGGAAAACAUUGAGUUGACCAUAAAGAAUGCCAACCCUGAGGUGGAUUCGGGCGACUAUAAAUGUAUUGCCAGCAAUCCAUUGGGUAAGACCUCACACGGUGCACGCGUUAUCGUCGAAGUUGACAAGGUCACCUUCACCAAGAAACUUAAAUCGAAGAUCACCAUUGAAGAAAUCCAAUCACUCACUCUUGAAUGUGAAACCUCGCAUGUGGUCGCCACUAAAUGGUUCUUCAAUGGCAAGGAGUUGAGCGGCAUGGAUCAUCGUGUCGUUGUCGAUGAGGGCAAGGUCCACAAACUGGUAAUAAAGAAUACCAAUCUCAAGGAUAGUGGUAAAUAUGUCUGCAAGGUCAAGAAAUUGGAAACCGAGUCUACCGUCGAGGUAUUGAAACGCAAGCCCGAAUUCAUUAAACCCCUCGAGGAUUGUGAGAUUACCGAGAAAGAUACUGCCAUUUUGGAAGUCGAAAUCUCGAUUGACCAACCCGAGGUGCAAUGGUUCAAGGAUGGUGAAAAAAUCACACCAGAGAAGAAGAACAUCGACUCGAUCAAGGAUGGCAAGGUGCAUCGCUUAAUUAUACGCGAUGCUACCAAGCACGAUGCCGGCGAAUACUCUUGCAAGUUUGAAGAUCAAGUUUGCAAGUGUGAGGUUAAGGUCAUUGAAUUGCCGCCCGAAAUUAUUAAGCCAUUGGAAGAUGUAACGGUGACUGAAGGUGAAACGGCAACCUUUACCGUGGAAUUGGAUAAGGAGGAUGCAUUGGUUAAAUGGUUCAAGGAUGGCAAAGAGUUGCCACUCACUGAACGCAUCCAAAGCUCCACAGAUGGCAAGCACCAAACAAUCACCAUUAAGAAGGCCAAACCGAGUGACAUGGGCGAAUAUUCGGUGCAAGUUGGUGAGCAAACAUCGAAGGCCAAACUCACAGUUGAAGAACCAUUGGUUGACUUUGUACUGCGCCUGCCCGAUGUCACCUUGGCCACCAAGAAUGCCGAUGCUGAGUUCACAGUUGAAUUGUCCAAGCCUGACGUAGAACUCACCUGGUUUAAGAAGGGCAAACCCAUAAAACCAAAUAAGAAACAUGAGGUCUUUGUGGAAGGCACCGUUCGACGUCUGGUCAUACACAAUGCCGACGACGAAGAUGCCGGAGAGAUAAGCUGUCAAGCGGCCAAUGUCACCUCCAACACUAAAUUGUGUGUGGAAGAGGUCAAGACUGCACCCAUCAUCACUUCGGACAAGGAUCAGACAAUAAAGGUUAAGGAGAACGAAGAUGUUACCUUCACCGUGAAAUAUACCGGUGUUCCACAGCCAGAAGCCGAAUGGAGCACAUCGAAGAAGGUCAUUGUCAAAUCCAAACGACAUAUACCAACCAUCGAUGAACAAUCAGCCUCGCUGACCAUUAAAAAGGUCGUCGAAGAGGACGAGGACAACUACACCCUCAAACUGGUCAAUCCCGUGGGUGAAGCUGAGGCCAGUCUCCACUUGGUUAUUAUGCGCAAACCCAAGGCUCCUGGCACUCCACAAGCAUUGGAAGUAAUGCAUGAUUCCAUUACCUUGUAUUGGAAGGCACCCGAGGAUGAUGGUAAUGCUGAAAUUCAAGAAUAUAUUUUGGAAUACAAAGAUGUCAAGACUGAAAAAUGGACUGAGGUACGUAAAAUUAAGGAUACCACUUUCACGUUGAGCAAAUUGAUAGUGGACACUGAAUAUGUGUUCCGCACGAUUGCCGUCAAUGAAGUUGGUCCAUCGCCACCCUCGCCCCUGUCACCACCCAUACGUCUUAUGGCCCAAGUUAAAAAGGAAAAGCCCACAGUCCAGGAACCGUUGCAAGACACAACCACAGAACUCAACAAAGAGGUUACACUUUCUUGUGUGUUUGGUGGUGUACCCGAACCCAAGGUGGUUUGGAAGAAGAAUGGCAAGGUCAUUGAAGAGACCACCACCACAACAACCGUGUAUGAAAAUCGCGUUGCCAAGUGCACCAUUAAGAACACUACCCCCGAAUCGGAAGCUGAAUACACAUGUGUGGCUACCAAUGAAGUCGGCAGUGUGGAAACCUCUUGCCGCCUCAUAAUCAGAGAGAAGCCUUCCGUUGAAGUCGAAGACAAAUAUUUGGCACAGAAACUACGCACAAAUACAAACUUAACCAUUCCAGCCACAAUUCGUGGUUAUCCUCAACCCAAGAUUACCUGGUACAAGGAGACCACGACAAUUAAGAAGACCAAACGUCAAACCAUUGAGACAACCGAAACUACAACCACACUAAGUGUGGAACAGUUGACACGUGAGGAUUCAGGCCGUUAUAAGGUUGUGGCCGAAAAUGAGAGUGGCUCCAGCAGUGCUGAAUGUGUAGUUCAAGUUAUCGACAAGCCUAGCCGGCCCCAGACAUUGGACAUUAAGGAAACUAAGAAGGAUUCCGUCAAACUGGAAUGGACGCCGCCUGCAGAUGAUGGUGGUAUGGAAAUAACCAAAUACAUUCUGGAGAAAUGUGAAUUGCAAAAGAAGGUCUGGAUGAAGGUGUCCGAAUUCGAGAAGGACAUAACGUCGCAUACGGUACAAAAACUCUCCACAGAUGUUGAAUACCGUUUCAGAAUAGUUGCCGUCAAUCCAAUCGGCGAAUCUGAACCCACCGAAAGUGAGACUGUUAUAUUGACAAGGAAAGAAAAACCAUCACCACCCAGAAAACCCAUUGAUGUUUCGGGCAUGAAUGACACAUCGUUUACAUUGUCAUGGGAAGUGCCUGAAAGCGAUGGCGGUUCCAAGAUUAUUGAAUACAUUGUCGAAAUCAAGGAAUUCCAAGAGAAAGAAUAUAGACUAUUUGGCAGUACAAAUGGCAAUACACCAAACAUUCGCAUAACAAACGUUAUCAAGAACAAAGCCUACACGUUCAGAAUAUAUGCCAAGAAUGAAGUUGGCACGAGUGAGGCUCUUGAGACGGAUGAAAAGAUUGUGGUCCAACGUAAAAUAACUCCUCCUUCACCUCCUCGCAAUCUCAGAUGCCCAGAUAUAACAAAUAGAAGUGUAACACUUGACUGGGAAUCACCUGCGCACAAUGGUGGUUCUGAAAUAACCGGUUAUAUUGUUGAAAAACGAUCCGCCACAUCAACCACUUGGGCACAAGUCAUAAGUUUGGAUGCAAAUUGUUUCCAAUACACUGUAGAUAAUUUGAAAGAGAAAUCCGAAUACUGGUUUAGAGUAUCGGCUGAAAAUGUUGCUGGUGUGGGUGCACCAGCGGUGACCGAUAUUGUAGCCUUGAAGACACAUGCAACCGUUCCAUCACCACCCACAGCACCACUCGAGGCCAGAGUCAUUGGUGCUAAUACCCACGUCUUUGAAUGGGGCAUGCCCGAAUCAGAUGGUGGUGCGCCAUUAUUGGGCUAUCACAUUGCCAUUCGAGAUAUGAAGAAGAGUAUGUGGAUUGAAGUGGGACGUGUACCAGCGGGUGUUUUGAGAUUCCAAAUUAAGGACAUGCAAGAGAAGCACAAUUAUAAGAUACGUAUCUUUGCCAAGAAUGAAAUAGGUCUUAGUGAACCUUUGGAGUCCGAAGAACCAUAUCACGUCGAAACAUCGGGUCACCCAGCGUUGCCCGAGGAGGAACGCACCGAAAUGAGCUCAUGCAAUACAUCAUCGUGGUUACGUAUGCAUCAUAUGGUUGCAGAUAUCCAUUCGUAUGCCCGCCAGAAAUUGUUGCGACAUGACGAAUACUUCUUCCGUAUAUGGGCUGAAUUGCCAGGCAAUAAGAGGCCACCAUUGCAGAGAAGUAAAUCCAUAAGCACAGAACAUAAAAUGAAAAUUAAAACAAAAAAACAAUAAAUAAAUUCGAACCAAUGUAAAAAAACCCGGACUGGAACUAAAAUAGAAAAACCAAAAAAAAAAAAACAAGAAAAAUGUUUAUAAAAACAACAAAGAAACUGUACAUUAUACUGUCGCCAACGAAACUACUAAUACAAAAGCGGAAAAACCAAACAACACUUGAAACAGAUUAAAGAACUAAACAAAACAACUAAUUUAAAUGUAGCUUUAGAAUUUUUCUACUUUAAAAUUAUAUUACAUAAUUAUUAUUAUUAUUUUGAUUUAGAGUUUAAGAAAACUGAAAUAGAAAUUUGUAAAAGUUGUGUAAUGUGUUUUUUGUCAACACACAAUCAUGUUCUUUUGGCAGGAAAAACCAUCACAGAAGACGAAUAAUCCCCAACAAAUUAAUAUAAAUAAAAAAUACUUCUAAAUAAACUGUUGCGUUCACGGUAGUUUUGGAAAAAGUAAAUGCGAGCGAAGAAUAUUUUUUCCAUAGCUUACUGGCAACGAAAACAGUUUCAAAAACCGAAAGACAGCGGGUGUUCAUGAGAAGAUCAUUACACAAUUUAUAAAAACAAUAAUACCGUUAAUUCAAUAUUGAAAAAAAUUGUUAAAUUCUCUUAAUUCAAAAAGGUUUAACUUUUAGAAGCGAUUUGUUAAUUUUUUGUUAAUUUACUUUAUUUUCUUUCUUUUCUUUAAUUUUAAACUGUGAUAAAUUUUCAAAAGAAAUCACAAAUACCCUGACAAAAAGUAAACGAAACUAGCUAUCAACCAAAAAAAAAAAAAGAAUAAAAAAUAAUUGUGUAACACAAUGAAUGUAAGAGAAAUGUGCAUUUUUUGGAAAUUUACAAUUUAUUUAGCCAUACACUUAUUUGCAGAACCGAUUGCCUAAACUAAAGGUGCGAAUUGUUUAUGUAAAUCGCAAUGUAAUAAGUGUAUGAACAAUUAUUUUGUUUGUGGAAUGCAUAUUUCUAACUAAGACAUAAUAUAUAUAAAAUUAGAAAUAUAAUUAAAUAUUUGCCUUACAAUAAUUUAAUAAAACAAAAUUUACCAAAAUGU